CUCACACAGCCUGCAUGCAAGUUGACAGAGAUGUGGUAACACAUCUUUACAAGGAACCAAGUUGAGCACCACAGGUGUCACCUACAGAGAAAGGGACCAGUCUGCUGCAGGGGCCUAGUGAGUACCCAGGUCUGUACCAGAGACUGCUGCCUGGCAGAGGGCGUGCGUUUCAGAUUGAAAGUGGCAUGGCUAGUCUCACACACCCACCGGUGACACACGGAUUGGGCUGGUAGUGCAUGUGACGUGUAACAGUGGGGUCUUUGUGACAUACCUUUUCGCAGCAUCUUUACCUAGACUUUAUAGAAUCAUGCUGCUUGUGAGCGACAUGAACCUCUUGUCUCCAAGAGACUUGCGGCAUGUGUCAACAGAGCAGCUGGAAAGUAAAUACAAAGUUGCUCUGAGAAUGCAGAACUUAUCUUACGGACAGAUCACUAAGAACAUGUGACAGCAGACAAUGCGCAUGCAAUUUAAAAACUUCUUUCUUUUUUUUCAUUUUAACAGCACUGUUUGAUACAGUAUAAUUGUUACAGAUUGCCUGAUUGAUGGCUUGCUGUUAAUGUUUCUGUCCAAAUUAAUAUUAUUAUUGGUAUUUAUAUAGUGUCAACUUACUACGCAGUGCAUUACAAUAUUAUAAAAGGGAGACAUUUUACAAUAAACGAAACAAUUACAAAAUGUUACAUGAUCAAUAGAUUGAUGAGGACUCUGCUCAAACGAGUUUACAGUCUAGCUCUAGUCUAAAUUAACAGAGAAAGUAGCAAUUUGAAGCUUUGUAAGCCAAAACGUGUAGCCUUUAGACCCGUUUUUGACGUUGACUGUUUGGGUGAAGGAGCACUAUUUGUGUGCACACAUUUUUAAAGAUUUGAAGUUGAAUGAACUGAAAUAUUGCUACUGUACUUGUGAACUGCAGGAAUUACAAUAGUCAUUAUCAAUCUUUAUUUCUAAAUAUAUCAAUAGAGAUGAACACAGCUGCAGAGAGGGCUGUCUGCGGAUAUUGGUCAUGUCACUUCUACUCUGUCACAUUGUCAGCGACAAAGUGCCAUAUAGGGCAGCCCUUCACCCCACACAGAAAUUAAUUUCUCCAACAGGCUUCUCAUAUUUCCUUUUUGUGUUAAUCCUCCUGUUACACCUAAUCCCUGCCUCCAAUUGAAUGCCAGCUGUAUUGUAUAUUUUAUUCUGAACUAUUAUGUGCAACACCUUAAAGGGCUCUGUUGCUUUAUAUGCAUCUUUCAAAUGUCUUCCUAUUAUUCUGCAUGAUUACACAAUACUCAUUUAAUUCUAAUGCCAAACAGGUACCACCCAUUCCAUAUGUGUAUGUAUUAGUUAUAUGUAUCCAUAUAUCUGACUAUCUGACUUAAAAAAAAAAAUAUAUAUAUAUAUAUAUAUAUAUAUAUUCGUUCAGGUCGUAAAAUUUCAAGUUCUUCAAUGCCAGCCUGGAAGGGCCAAGACACACUUACCAGGGGUGAAUUUCUACAAACCAGGACAGAAUUUUCACUUGCCAGUGGCUAGUGAAAAACUUGAGCCCUGGGAUAUUUAUUUUCAAAGUUAGAGUGUUACUUUAAUCUUGAAUAUAUUCACAGCUGCGAUAUUAUUGACAUUUUCUGUCCACAAGGCAAUCACAACCUGCCUAUCUACUGUAGAGAUUUUUUAGGAGUGAACUAUCUAUCAUGCAGUAUGGUUGGAAAAGGUACUGACACUUCUGGUCCUUUAGAUUGCGAGCUCAUUUGGGCAGGUGCCCCUUCACCUCCUGUUCCGUAUACUUGUUUUCUUAGAAUUAAAUGUUUGUCCCAUUUUCUAUUGUACCGCACUGUGGUAUACGUUGGUGCAAUCUAAAUACGUUGUUGUAAUUGCAUUUGUGAGUGUACUGGCCACCACCAAGCCCAAUAUUUAUUUCUCUCAUCUUCAAAAGGCUGCCAUGUAAAUGUUAGCGUUUGUGACAUCUAAAUAGCCACGGCGGUGCUCAGUUGAAAAGUAAAAGGCAGUCUAGUCAAACUGAAAUUUUGGAAGCGCAUAAGUGACUCAUGACAACACUAAAUAAUCAAGUAGGGCAAACAGUGUGUACUGCAGACCUUGAACUAAGAUUCAUUAAUAAGCCUUCUUUUCACAACCAGGAAAGUCAUAACAGUAAUUUUAGAGAAUUGUAGCCUAACUAGUUUUUUUUACUCUCAGCUGCUUUGAAAAAAAAAUUGAAAUUGUAUAAAUAAUCCAAAAAAUUCUAAUUUAGUGAGUAAACAUUUUCGUUUUAUUCUUAACCCAAAUAGAUUAGUAAAUUGAAUACACCGUGUUUAUUCUACAUCUGUAUGUGUGUAACUGAUAAAUAAAAUUCAUGUUACGUCAAUACUGACAUCAUAUGUUGAACUCAGCCUUUACGCACAAACGGAGCGCAAUGGCUAUAUACGUGCUUAGUAAAUGUCCUUAUUUUUGACUAGUUAUAACUUUCAAGCAGGGGUGGUAUCAGAGAGGUAGGGAGAGAAAAUAUGUGUGAUAUAUAGGUAUUGUUAUGUGAUGUCAGUAGGCUUUCUGUAUAUGUUUUGGGAGAGAGCUGCCCACAUGUGAUUUACACUGCUUACCUUCACCUGUCAUUUUAAAGAUUGGGAGUGUGCUUGACCAGAUAUAUAGCAGAAUAUUGUAAAGCGCUACGGAACCUGUUGGCGCUAUAUAAAUGGCAAUAAUAAUAAUAAUAAUAAUAAGAAUAACUAAAGUAGACUGGAAGCUCAGCGACUUGUCCAUCAUCACAAGAAAACAAAAAACACAAUUCAGAGGAUUGUAAAACUUUCAAAUUUCAGCUUUUCCAUUAAAUUAUCUAAAAAAACGUCAUGUUGGAAUCUUUGAUGUAUCAUGCGAGAACAUUUUUAAUAGCUGUAUAAUUUCUUGCUUAACGCCUGAUUAUUCCCAGUUUAACCCCUUAAGGACACAACUUCUGGAAUAAAAGGGAAUCAUGAUGGAAUAUUUCCAUCAUGUGUCCUUAAGGGGUUAAUAAAUAACUCCAUAUUUCAAUAAAUACACAGUAUACACAAAUGCAUACCUGUUCAUCAAUAUCUGCAUUUAAAAAAAAAAUCAAAUAUAAAACCCUAUGUGUUGGUUUGGUAGCACCUCUAGUGGCUUUCAGGAAGGCAGCCGCUACUGGCGUGUUUAACCCCUUCAAUGUAGUUAUUAGCGUUUUCACAAAACGUCAGUGUUUUACAUUAAACUUUUAAAAAUACAGGACCCCUGUACCCAAACCACUUCAAUGAGAUAGAGUGGUCUAGGACAACGUGACUUUAGUGACCCUUUAACAAUUAAGUUGUAAAAUGUCCUAAUUUGCUAAGUGUUCUCUGAUUAUUUAAGUGUUGUAUCUGUAGUCACAAAAUCACGUUUUGUUUUCAGUUUUAGAUUGUUUUCUUCAGCACAUUGCGUAAGCUUAGGGAGCACCGGUUCCUUCUGGCAAGCAUCCAAAAAUACAGCUAAUACUUAUUUUGAAUAGCUGGAAAAAUAAUUCAGAAUGACUAAUUUUCAAAUGUUUCCUAAAUGUGUGUCAGUAUAUUUUUUUGCAUAAUUUUCAAGUGUCCCAAAUGUUAGGAUUUUAUAUUUUGGGCCCAAUUCCUCUGUCCCUUUUUUCUAUCUCAAUGUCCAGUUUUUCUAGGAGCUCCGUAUUGUUGGUGCGUCUGAAUGUAUAACAGAGCUCCACAGCAAUAAUAAUGACAGUAAUGUGUCGUUGAAAUACAAUAAACGUUUUUAGAAAUCGGUAAAUAAUGCAUUGUAUUUUAAUAUAACUUUUAUUAUAUUAAAUUAUUAUAACAUUUCUCAGAAUAGCCCCACUCCCACCCCCACCCACACACUUGAAGGGGCACUAUAGCCACUAAAACCACUGCAUCUUUAUGUAGUGCUUCUGGUGUCCAUAGCCUGUCCUCGUGCAUUUUUUUAUGUAAACAGUGCCUUUUCAGAGAACAAAAACAGUAUACAUUGCUGCCUAGGAGGACCACUAGUGACUAACUCAGACGGCCACUAGAGGUGCUUCCUGUGUCAGUGCAGGCACUGAGCUUUCCCCUAGAGAUGCAUUGUUUGAUGCGUAAUAGCCUUCCAAUGCUUUCCUAUGGAAAAGAAUUGGAUUGGCUAAGAUCAUCAUGUUUGAUGACCUCAGCCAUGGAGACAGAGCUAGCUGCAGUGUGGGAAAAAAGGUGAGUUUAAUAGAGGGGCCGGAAAUCUAAUUAAUUAGUUUAUCACUAUACUAUCAUAAAGACAUAACACUAUAUUUUUGUAUUAGGUACUCUGUUUAAACUGUUCUGUUGAUUUCUGGAUUAAGUAUUCGGAUGUAUGUAAUAGCUGUUUGAGCUUUUGGGUAACUUUAUUUUGUUUAAUUUUUAUAUUUAGUUUUUUGGAUGGUCCUUUCAUUACCAAUAUGAGUACUUAUAUAUUUUCUAAUAAAAUGUGUAAAUUUUGUACAUUGGUGUGCUCCUGUGUGAUAUUGUGUUUUACUGGUUUUGUCUUGUAGGGAACACGGUGGUUAUAGUGAGUACCUCUUACCUUUAGUUCACGUAUACUCAUGUUGUGUGCCAGCCAGUAUUUUAGUUGUCACCUAUCGUGCACUUUAACAUAUGCACUAAUUCUGUACCAUGACUCAUCUUAUUAAGAGGUAAUUAACAUUUAUAUCCAGAUGCUCCAUAUAUACCCGGUAACAUCAGGAUAUGGAAUAAACCAGGACCCACACUAAAUACUUGAAAGAUAUCAGUUGCUGGCUAGUCUUUUCCACUGCAAUCCAGAUAAAAUGUACAAAAUACCGAGACACACUUAAAGAGUGGUUAGCUAACUGAAGAUUUGUCAUGUGAAUAAUAGCUAGAACUCAGUUAUGUAUACAAAAUGCAAAGUGUACAAACCAAAAUAAGGGAAUUAUGAUUUUUUUGGUGUUGUUUUUUAGAGCACUCCCUUGAUUUGGUUUGUAAACUUAGCAUUGUGAGGUUAAGUUGAGAAUGUAAUCAUGCUGAGUUUGGUCUGUAGCUCAUUUUUCUAGAACAUAUUUAAAUUAUUUGAGCGUCACCAUACCUACACCUUUGUUUAUUUAUUUAUAUUUGGGGGUAUACACAUACACUAAUCAGCCACAACAUUAAAACCACUGACAGGUAAAGUUAAUUACAUUGAUAAUAUAAUUACAAUGACACCUGUCAAUGGGUGGGAUAUAUUAGGCAACAUGAACAUUUAGUUCUGAAAUUUCAUGUGUUGGAUGCAAGGAAAAUAGGCAAGCAAAUAUAUCUGAGUGACUUUGACAAGAGCAAAAUAGUGAUGGCUAGACGAAUGGGUUAGAGCAUCUUGAAAAUGGCAAGUUUCAUGUGAUGUUUUCAGCAUGCAGUAGUUAGUACCGAUAGUGGUGCAAGGAAGGACAACCGGUGAACCGAUCAUGUGAGCCCAAGGCAUAUUAAUGCAUUGGCUUGGGAGUGAACGCUAGCCUCCGUGGAAUGGUAACACAGAAGAGCUAUUAUCGCUCAAAUUGCUGAAAAACAUAAUGCUAGCCUUGAUAAAAAGGUGUCAGAACAUAGAGGGCAUCACAGUUUUAGGCAUAUAGGGCUGAGUAGCCACAGACUAGUCAGAAUGCCUAUGAUAAACCCUAUCUACCACCGAAAGUGCCUUCAAUGGGGACAUCAGUGCCAUAACUGGACCAUGGAGCAAUGAAAGAAGGUUCCCGGUCUGUAAAAUAAUGGAUGGCCAGGGUGCGUUAUUUACCUGGAGAAGAUAUGGCAGUAGGAUGCACUAUGGGAAGAAGGCAGGCCAGUGGAGGCAGUGUUAUGCUCUGGACAAUGUUCUGCUGGAAUACCUUGGGUCCUGGCAUUCAUGUGGAUAGAGAUUGUUGCACACUUACACCCCUUUAUAGCAAUGGUGUUCCCUGAUGUCAGUUGUGUUCAGCAGGAUAAUGCACCCUGCCACACUGCAAAAACUGUUCAGGAAUGGUUUGAGGAACAUGACAAAGAGGUCAAGGUGUUGCCUUGGUCACCAAGUUCCCAAAUCUUCAACCGAUUAAACAUCUCUGAGAUGUGCUGGAAUAACAAAUUAUAUAUCCAUGAAGGCCCCACCUCGUAACUUGCAGGAGUUAAAAGAUCUGAUGAUAAUGUCUUGGUGCCAGACCACAGACACAUUAAAACGUCUACGGAGUCCAUGCCUUGAUGCAUCAGAGCUGUUUUGGCAGAGGGGGACCUACAUGCUAUUAGGCAGGUGUUUAUAAUGUUUGGGCUGAUCAGUGUAUGUCUUAAGGGACACCAACCGCAAAUGUACUUAAAGGAAUCCUAUAGUGCCAGGAAAACAAAGUCAUUUUCCUGGCACUAUAGGGUUAAUAGGUCUGCCCUCCCUCAGGGCCCUCUCACGCGGGGCUGAAGGUGUUAAAACCCAUUCAGCCACUCACCUGAAUCCAGCGCUAAUGUCACUUGACGCUGGAUCAGGCUCCACCCACACUUCUCCCCCACCGACGUCAGCCGGUGGGGAAGACCUAAUGGCUAAGCGCGCAUCAGACCUCCCCAUAGGAAAGCAUUAUACAAUGCUUUCCUAUGGGGAAAAUCUGAUGCUGGGGGUCCGUGAGCCACAGAGGGCAGACUUAAUGCUGCAAUGUAAACAUUGCAGUUCUCUGGAACCAUUGGCGCACUAAGUGCAAAAGGGUCACAGCACCCAGACCACUUCAAUUAGCCGAAGUAGUCUGGGUGCCUACAGUGUCCCAUAGAUAAGUGUGGAAGUGGUAGUUGAUGCCUGUUGGUGUCAACAUGCACCUCACCUUCAUUUCUAGUGGCCAUAGUACCAAAGAAUUUGAUACACUCGGUUCUAGAUGUGUGCCAAGAGGUAUACAUAGUAAAAUGAUAUACAAUUACAAUUACUAAUAAAGCGCCAACACAUUCUGCAUCCCUGUACGAUAGGUCAACAGGACAAACAUUAAAUUCUAACAAAACAUUUAUGACAUACAGGAACAGAAGGUGAAGGGGGCACUGCCCAGAUGAGCUUACAAUUUAAAGUACAUUUGCUGUAUGUUUGGCUAACAGAAUCAGAUUUACUCACUGUUAGCGUUAUUUACUGUGAGAAUUCAAAGUGAAUAUAAAGUGUAUUUCAAAGUUAAGCAUACAGUAGCUGAAUGGAAAGUAUAGCUGUCUAUUUGGCUACCUUAAAUUUGAAAUUCACUUUGAAUUCCCCUUAUUUUCUCGCUUUAGUGAAUAAACUUGUAAAGUGAGAAUUAACAGUCAUUUUAAAUAAUUUCAAAGACAUACUCAAUUUUAAAGCAAAAAUAGAAAAAUUCACCAAGCCAGCUGGACUUUCAACUUGGCUAUUUUGGCCUUAAAUGUGAAAUUCACUUUUCUUUUACAAUUCUUUAUUUUUGUUGUGCAGGUAAAUACAGUCCAGCAUUUAUCGCCACAUCCGCGACAAAAGGAGCAUAGUAGUAAAAACACAGUGGCAUGAGAAACUGCACAUUUUUGGUAUGUAAAGAGGAUCACUAUUUUUGUAUAUUUAACAUGCUGAUAUAAGAUGUCAACAAAUGGGUAGGUAUGAGUAGUAGGUGAAGCAGGCUAGAUAAACAGACAUUUUGUUAAUCGAGGUAAAAUAAAGUUAUAACAAGAAGAAAAUACAGUGCUAGGCUUAGUAAUACUUUGUGAUAUGAAUCAAGGUAAUCUUUGGCACUGAUGUGUUACUAGACAACAGAUUGUUACUGCUUGGUGGACAUUGAGGGAGCAAGUAAGACUGACAGGGAAUUUAUGAGGAGGCAGAGAAGAAACGUGGUCUGGCACCUCCUGCAUUGGCACUAAAGUAGAUAGGUCAUCCAAUACCCAUGCUUGGCCUCCGCCCCCCUAAGCCUUACAAAGAAACCCGGUGUAGGUGUAAAGCUGCACAAAGUCCCCAGGUGCCCCGCCAGUCCCAGUUUGUGAGAGGAGCCUAGAAGCAAGUGCGUCUGUUUUGAUGAUUUAUGGUACCUUUAAUAAAGUCCCAGGGGGGUAUGAAAACAGUCCCUCAGGGAUGUGUUGGAAGUAUUGGGGCAGUGCCCCAGGAAGUUCUGAGCCUGGGUAUGCGGUAGAGGACCGUAAGCACUCCAGUAGCCAGGCUUGCGUCUGGUGGUCGGGUCGAUCGUCUCCUCCGGUACCGGCGCAGCGUUGUGGUUUGCUUUUUCCAGUGCUUGGGUGGAGGAGUCAGCCGAGGAGCCGGGCCAGAGGAGAGGUUCAUACUGUGGAACGGUAUACCCCACUUGUGAGCCGGAUGGUGUGACUCGCUCUCCUCUAUAGCUCGGCACUGUCGGUUGUUCAGUUUUAGACAAAAUGUUCAAAUAUUUUUUCCAGCCUCUCCGUAGUAGUGUCCAGUAGGUCGCGUGAGGGAGAUAGGCAGUGUGCCCGCUAUUUUUGCUCUUGCGGUGUGAUAGACCCUGUGUACUCACUUGCCUCCGUAGGUAGACCGCAACUGGCGAUCAGCCACGCGCCCUGUGAAAUUCACUUUGGAUUCCUGAAAUUUGUGAUUAACAUGAAUAUAUUAUUACUUUUUUUAAAUGUAUUUUUUGUUUCACUUUAUGUCAUGACUGUUAAUCUGCAUUCUUGAAGGGCUUAAAGCAGUGUUAUGCUCAAAGCAAGUGUAAAUGCUUUAGUUGUGUUUCAGAAGCAGACAUAUGUUUAACUCUGCAAUGGCAUGACCCACUUGGAAUGUUGUCAAACUGCUUUCUGUUUUCACUGUUUAACAUUUACGUCAAUAUUAAUAAAGGCUCAUUAAUAUAUCAAACAGGCCAGCAUCUUUCUGCCAAAGAACAAAUAAAUUAACCUAACUGAACUUUGUCUCAGGAGGAAAAGUAUUUUAAAAAUGCAGAAACGUUGUGACAUUUUGCUGUAUGGCAUUAUUAAAAUUAAGUUCUAGUUAGAUCUGAGGGGACUAAUGACAGAGUCAUUCCAUCAUAGCAGGCCGUGUCAAGAAGACCCAUGAUUUAAAGGACCACUAUAGGCACCCAGACCACUUCAGCUUAAUGAAGUGGUCUGGGUGCCAGGUCCAGCUAGGUUUAACCCUUUUUUUAAUAAACAUAGCAGUUUCAGAGAAACUGCUAUGUUUACAUAUGGGUUAAUUCAUCCUCUAGUGGCUGUCUCAUUGACAGCCGCUAGAGGGCUUCCGCGCUUCUCACUGUGAUUUUCACAGUGAGAAGAUGCCAGCGUCCAUAGGAAAGCAUUGAGAAUGCUUUCCUAUGGACUGGCUGAAUGCGCAUGCGGCUCUUGUCGCGCAUGCGCAUUCAGCCGGUGACGGAAGAAGAGGGAGGAGAAGAGGAGGAGAACUCCCUGCUUGGCACUGGAGAAAGAGGUAAGUUUAACCCCUUCCUCUCCAUCCAGCCCGGCUGGAGGGGGUCCCUGAGGGUGGGGGCACCCUCAGUGCACUAUAGUGCCAGGAAAACGAGUAUGUUUUCCUGGCACUAUAGUGGUCCUUUAAUAAUUCUGUCAGGUACUAAAAUUAAUAGCGACGAUCAUGAAGUUAAUGCUAUUGCUGAGUGCCUUGAUGCCCGAGGUAGAUCAGCAACAGCAAAUGACUCUGUCCCAGCACACGUGAUCGUUAGGACAGUUAUUUUGUGUGCUGCUAGUUAUUAAAUUAUAUCAAUACAAUUAAAACUCCUUUUAACCAUCUACACCCAAAUGUAACCAUUUCCCCGCCCUUUUCUCACCGUGUGCAGCGAUCAGAAUACACAUCACAGUACUUUACUGUGAUCUGUUUUUGGUUGUUUUUUUUAAUGGAAAUAUCUGGAGAAACCACCUACCACACAUAUCCCAGAAAUGGGGAUCAUUCCACUUCACGCUAUACACACCAGAGCUGGAUAUAGCUCUGGUAAAUGUGAGUAGAAUAGAACCUAUACAAUUUCGUAUACAUAUCUCAUUUACAGCACCAUUGGAGUCUUUUUUCUUGUGUCUUGCAUGUACUUCUGGAAUGAGACACAAAGACUUAAAGACUUUUAUACCCUUUUUUAUUUCAGUAUACCUGUAUUUUAUUUAUUUAAUCGGAUAUUUUAUUUCUGUUACAUUUACAUAUUUCAUUUUUUUUUACAAUUUUUGGCAUAUUCCAAUUUCUAUUAGACCCUACCUUGCUCCGCUUUUUUUUUUAGUAUGUAUGUAUUAGGCAGACCUAACUGAAAACCAUAUGGAAAAAUUUAGGCCAAAAUAGCUGAUGUAGAAGAAUUCUCCAAUUCGGUUACAGUCACAGUUCAGCUGCUUUUGCUUAAACUUUGCAAUUUGGUUUACAACUCACUGCAAUUCAGUUUAGUGAAUAAAUCUAUGUAAGAUUGUAUUUGCUUUCAUGAGGGGGCGGCAAAAUGGAUCUUUGCCUAGGGUGGCAGCGGCCCUGACCUCUCCACAGUGCUGGACUGUGCUCUUCCCAUGGCAGGCAUAGGAUGAAGGGACUUAGCUACAAAGCACUCAUGGUCACUCACCCUUGCAUUACUCUGGUGCACCCUUCCCUGCUUUCUAUAUUUUACUUCUGAUCUCAUGUCUCGGAGUCUGAACUUGACUGAUUCUUCCUGCUCUCCUUAAAUUGAUUAUUGGGGGGCUUCCUGGGGAAAUAAGCUUGAUAUACUCCUAUGCCUCAUAUGCCUUGUUUAUAAAAAGUGUGCAGGUUUCUCUUAUGUUAUACCAAUGCUUUACUGUAUCUGAUCAUGAAGUGUUUGCUCUUGCUGUCAUGGCAGUACAAGCUUGUCUGUUAUUAUAUGCACAGCAAAAAAAAAAAUCAAAAAAAAAUACUAGGUUGGGAUUUGAGUCUACACAAAAAUAAUUGAAAGAAAUUAUCUUGUACUUUACUCACAUUAUUUUCUAACUUUAGUCUUUAGAUUUUACUUGACAAUCAAAGAAGGAAAUGUGUAUUUUUGUGGAAUAUCUGACAGUUGUAGUUUGAAAGCAAAAUUAUUUAGAGCAAAUAACAAAAAUAGCAAAUGUAACAUUCGCCAGCUUAGUUGCAUUUAAACAACUUACAGUGGAACUCUAUCUAUUAAUUAAGAAUAUCAUUAGAAUAAUAUAAUUAUGCAGUUUUGAAUUGAUUUGACAAGGGCUAAUUCUAUACUGUCAUGUAAAUCUCAACUUGAAUUAAUUUAAUUAAAACAAUUAUGUUUAUUAAAUGACAGCUGUCACCAGUGUUCUUUUUUUUUUUUAUCCUAAAAAUCCUUGCAGCUUGUAAUGAAAAGAUAUGCCUUUUAUGGUACCUUUAACAAUGUCCCAUAAAGAUUAAUCAAAGAUAUGAAGAGACCUAUUAAAAUAAUAAAAUAAAAGCCAUGGAUCAAUGGCAAAGAAACCUAGAUAUCUUAGUUGACAAAGAAGAAUGUAUCUAUUCAUUGAGCUAUAUCAAAAGGUAAUACACUGCUUAAAUCUAGUCGAAACAGACUAUUAGAUUAUGAACAGGUGGUAUAGAGUCCCUACCUUUUUGUCUAAAAUAUACCCAAAUCUAUCAAACACCUGUUGGAGAUGCUGCCUAAAUAGAGGAGAUUUCUUGCAUAUAUGCUGGCUAUGCAAAUAGUAUAUUGAAGUGGAAAUCAAUUCAAUCAAUUGAUUAUUUUGUGUAUCUGCGCCUGGCCAAAUUAAAGAAACAGUGCGUGCACGCUCCCUGAAGUAAUUCACACCAGACACAAGUUUCAGGUUGAUGAAAAACUUGAGGAAUGUUUAUUCAGAGGGGACGGCAAGUCCCUUUUAAAGCAGAAUUACAUCAUAUGCAUUGUCAGAGAUAACAUGAAAAAAUACAUCAUUAAUUGGUUAGGUGUUAAGUGGUUAUUUUAAUGCUCAGCCUACAAGGGGUGAUGUCACUAGUAUCAUGAGGGUCUCACCCAGAUUCCAGCGCCAUCUUGUUACACGAGGUAGUUAGUCGAUGUUAGAGGGGAAGCUCCCUAGCGGCCAUCUUAAUUAAUCACAUAAGAGUUGGAUAAUGCUGAUUAUAGUUAAAUGAGUAAAUAGACAUUUUACUAGCUAAAAAUUAUGUUAAUAUCUAAUUUCCACAACAUAUAUUAUGAUGAAAAUAAUCUCAAUUUACUCCCAGAAACAUUCCAGCUACAUAUGGGAUUAGGUAAAUAGCCAAAACAUAAUCGUGAUUUUGUUAUACACGUUAUGAUGGUGGCAAAGUGCGUAAUCGCCAGACAUUGGAGGACAACUGACACCCCACCAGGGCUGCCAUCAGCUGACACAGCUCCAGGUCUGGGCCCCCCGGUGCAUGCACCCGAGUCCGCCCAAAGUGCUGCCCCCCCCGAGUCCGCCCAUAGGGAUGCAGUGUCUGCAGGGCCGGUGCAAGGAUUUUUGCCGCUCUAGGCAAAAGUAAAGUUUGCCGCCCCCCCCAUGUGACAUCACAAUGCCCCACCCACAUGAUCUGCCAUGUUAACUAACACCAGUGCUGCAGUGCCGCUGUGUUUACAUUAAAAGGCCUGCAGGGACAGGCUAGACACCAGAACCACUACAUUAAGCUGCAGUGUUUCUGGGGACUAUAGUGUCCCUUUAAUGUGAGGUAAAUUAGAGAUUAGUGCCACGAAUAAUAUACUAGAUUGCCUACUUACAACCAGAUGAGGAUGAUGAUGGGCUCUAGCUGCCGUCUGGCUCCACUGGUCUGGUGUAAAACAGGCUCUCUAGAGGCGGUUUGUAACUGUGGUCACAAAAAUCAAUGUUCUGGGAGAACGGGAAGCAGCUCCAUUUUUUUGAGGGCCCUUUACACAGCUCAAGGUCUGGGUCCCAGGGUCCACCUUCAUGUUCAACCAAUGAGUUUGUUCACAGGGGGUGGAGUGUGUGUGCGGGGGAUGUCCUGAUGUGGGUAAGGAAUGCAUUGUGUGAAUCUGUGUUUGUAUGUGUAAGGGCUGCAAGGUGAGUUUGUGUAUGUAUGGGAUGCAGUGUGUGCGUCUGUAAGGGAUGCAUUGAGUGUGUGUAAGGGGUGCAUUGUGUGUUGCUGUGUGUAAGGAAUGCAUUGCUUGUGUAUGUGUGUCUGUGUAAUGCAUUGUGUGUUUUUCUGUGUGCAAGGGGUGCAUUGUGUGUGUGUGUGUGAUGGAUGUCAAUUCUCUCCCCCCCGUCAAUUUCCUUCUCCUCCCCCCGUCAAUUUCCUUCUCCCCCCCUCUCCCUCCAAUUUCCUUCUUCCCCCCUCUCCCUCCCUUCUUCUCCCUCCAACUUCCUCUUCUUUCUUCUCCCCCUCCAAUUUCCUUCUUCUCCCCCUCCCCCUUCUUUUCUCCCCCUCCCCUCCCCCUUCUUUCCUCCCUCCUCUCCAACUUCCUUCUUUCUCCCCUUCUCACUUCCUUCUUCUCCCUCCCUCCUCAUUUCCUUCUCCUCUCUCAAUUUCCUUCUUCUCCCCCUCCCUCUCAUUUCCUUCUCCCUCCACUUCUUUCUCUUCUCCCCUCCCUCUCAUUUCCUUCUUCCUCCAAUUUCCUUCUUCUUCUCCCCCUCUCAUUUCCUUCUCCCUCCAACUUCCUUCUUCUCCCCCCCCCUCAAAUUUCCUUCCACAUACUUUUUUUUCUUCCAUCCCCCCAGCCUCCCUACCUGUAGGAGUGCUUAGGGGAUUCCCUGGGGGUCCAGUGGUGUCACCCAGCGGCCGGUCCUGCGGGCGGGUGGGCGCGCGAGGGAGCACUCUCCCUGGCUGAGUGCUUCCUCUUCAGCUCCCUCGUGCGCCGCGUACUGAUGCUACCGCCGGAAGAUGACGUCAUUGGGCCCUAUAUCUAACUGGAAGCCAAUGCAGGGACUGACAGAGAAUUCAUUAUAGACUGCAGAGGUGCAAUCUGGGAACACGUAAGACCACUGAGAAUGGGAUUGCAGUAGUCAAGGCGAGAGAGAACAACAGCAUGGACCAGCACCUUAGCCGCAUCUGGGGUUAAACAGUGCCGGAUGCGCACUCUGUUUUUGAGAUGAAAGCGACAGGAUUUGGCGAUUGAUUGGAUAUGAGGGGUGAAGGAGAGGUUGGAGUCAAAAAGAACACCCAGACAGCGAGCCUGCGAGCUAGAGGUGAUGGUAGAGCCGUUGACUUGGAGGGAGACAGACACAGGAGUAGUAACACUUGAGGGAGGAAAGACCAGAAGUUCUGUUUUGGACAGGUUGAGUUUAAGAAAGUGAGCAGCCAUCCAGUUGGAAAUCGAAGAGACAUGAGUCAAGAUGGGCAGAGAGAGAUCAGGACAGGUAGAUUUGCAUGUCAACACACAGAAAAUACAAAAAAAUCUAAAUAUAGGUGCGCUGUGCCUUUAAGACAAGAUGAUUUAAAGUGCAACAAGUGCUGUAUUGUGCAAAAUGUGAUAUAUAUAUAUAUAUAUAUAUAUAUAUAAAGUGCAUACAUUUCCUUAACACUUAUAUUGCGCACAUAAGUGUACAACUGUGGUAAAAAACACAAAACACUCACUUGUAAAUUCAUAUGUAGAUCCUCUCCAUGUAACAUAAAAAGGAGGGAAAAAACAACAAUAGUGUAAAUCUAUAACACAGAAAGCAAAGUUUAAAUAUAUAAAAGUGUGCACUAACAAGAGUAGAGCAGAAAAGUCUGCUCUAACUAUAACAGCUCCCAAUAGCAAUCCCUCCUGGGAUAAAAACGCAGAGACAAAACAAUCCACUUUUAGAUUUAUUGCACAGGUUUUAAUAGCAGCUCUCUCCAAAAUUCCCCCUCGUACAUACAGUGUGCCAGUUCAAACACUUCACAGUGGAAAGGACAGCGUCUUACACCAUGAGCAGCCAAAACGCCGCAAUCAAAGACUUCCGGGGGCGGAGUUACCAAUCUGCAGGCUUCCCGAUGUGCGUUCAUAGAUUUGCAUGUCAUCUGCAUAGAAAUGAUAACGGAAGCCAAAGGAGCUGAUGAGUUUACCAAGGGAGACAGUAUAGAUAGAGAACAGUAGGGGACCAAGGUGAGAACCUAGGGGGAUGCUGACAGAGAGUGGUUGGUGGAAGAGUCAGAGAAAGAAACACAGAAAAAGUGCUGGGAGAGGUAGGAGGCGCACCAGGAGAGAGCAGUCUCCCGCAGAACAAAAUUACAGAGAAUGCGAAGAAGCUGUUGAUGAAGGCAGCAGAAAGAUGAAGGAGAAUUCGAAUAGAGUAAUGGCCACGAAAUUUAGCAACAAUUAAAUCGUUGGAUACUUUGGUCACAGCCGUUUCAACAGAAUGACCAGCGCGGAAUCCAGACUGAAGGUUGUCAAGCAGAGAGUUGGAUUUGAGAAAGUCAGUCAGUCUGGUGUACACAACUCUUUCGAGGAUAUUGGAGGCAAAUGGCAGUAGCGAGAUAGGGCAGUAGUUGGAUGGGGAGUUGGGGUCAAGGCUGGGCUUUUUCAGAAUUGGAGUUACAGUUGCAUCUUUGACGGGUGAGGGAAAUGUGCCAGAGGAAAGAGAGAGAUUGAAAAUUUUAGUGAGAGAAAGAGCAAAAGAGGGAGACAAAGUGCGGAUGAGAUACGAGGGAAUAGGAUCGAGGGAACAGGUGGUGGGGCAGGAGGACCAGAGCUGAGCAGAAACCACUUCUGCUGUAGCAGGUGUGAAUGAGUGUAGAAUGGUGGAGGGAGUGGGGUUGGGUGAUGUAUUGGUAGGAGAAGGAGAGAAGGAGAGAACUCUUCUCUGAUUGUAGAGAUCUUCUCAGGGAAGUGAGAUGCAAAGUUUGUGGCGGACAGGGUGGUAGAAGGAGGGGGAGUAAAAGGGCAAAGAAGAACAUCAAAAGUGUGAAAUAGGUGUUUGGGUUGGUGGGACAGUGUACUUGAGGGUGUUUAAAGGAAUACUCCAAGCCGUAACUGCUUUUGUGUAUGUGGUUUUAGCAAUGCCCUUGUGUGUUAACAGAGUAAUAUGUCAAAUCAUUUAAGAGCAGUUUGGCAAUUUACCUUGGUCCCUGGGUGCCUGCGCCUCAUCUUUCUACCUAUGGAGGAGAAGCAGGAUGUUUCCCCUGAGCUAUGCAUAGUCCUCUACAAGGGCAUUGUCCAUGACUGAGAGCACUCAGCUCAUGUGCACUAAUUUUGAAAAUGGGAAACAAGGGAGCAGACGUACAAUGUAUUGAAUUUGCUUUAUUGCUAUUAUUAUUAUUAAUAUGUAUUUCACCAAAUAACCCAUCUGGCACUAAUACCCUGCCAAAUUAAAACCAGAUUAUUAUAUAUCGGUUUAAUUUGUAAAUGCAGAGUCUAGUUUAUACCUGCACUUAUCAGUAUAAGCAAAUAUUUACAAUGCCGUAACAGUUUUUUUUUCUCCUUUCCAAAUACAAGCGCUAUCUAUUCUCCCCUCCUCCAUUCUAAUUACACCAUUUGUGAGUUCACUGGAGGAUAAAUUCUGUAAUAUAGAUGAUGGCUUGUAUGUGAAGCACUUCAUGUGCGGAAGCCAAAUUAUGAAUGGAAAACAUUCUGGGUAAUUUAAUAAAGAAGUGAAUGCGUUUUACACUGCUUGUCAAUGGCACAUGGAAAUAUUUUUAAACAAGAGUUUGAGAAACUUUUUGUCACUUAGAAAUGUAAGUACAAAGCCAAGUCCUAAUACAAUGCUUUAUCAUUUUUGUAUCUAGUCAUAAAAUGCUUUUCUUCUAACAACAUAGAUAUGCAAGUGUUUUUCUAUAGAGUAUGUCUGUCCAAAUAAACCCCUAAAAAAGAUGUAUUUAGCAAGAAAAUGUUCUAUUUGCCCAACAGGGGAGGAUCUAGAGCCCAAACUAGGGAUGCACUAAAAUGAAAAUUCUGUGCCGAAAUCGAAACCGAAAAUUCAAGAUGCCCUUGGCCGAAAACCAAAAUUUACCUUUUUCCCAAGUGAUUUUAAAAUAGUUUUUUUCUAUAAUUUUAUUAAUAUUAGACUUUAUAUUACACAGUGUGGGAUGUGGUGACUGGUGACAGAGUGACGGGGUAACCGAUGUCUCAGAUAGGGAGGGAGGAGGUGACUGGUGACAGUGAGUGAGGGAAGGGGUGAUUGGUGACAGUGACUGAGGAAGGGGGUAACAGCGUGACUGAGGGAGUGGGUGACUGGUGACUGACCGAGGGAGGGGGUGACAGAGUGACUGAGGGAGGGUGUUAGAAAUACCACAGCUUCUAUCUAUCUCCAUUACUGACAAUGAAGGAGGUGCUCAGUUUCAGAAAGUUGCUGAAUACAACAAUGAGGAUUUUAACAUUUAAUUUUAUUUCACAGCCAUUACAAACACAUCUCUGUUAAAUUAAGAAUAUUACAGGGCAGCACCUUUCCUGUGGGGCCCACCCUCUAUGUAGAGGUGAUAUGUGUCCACAAAAAUUGGUGCAUUUAGCAAUUCUAAAGCUAGCCCCUCCUUACUUCCUCCUGGUCUAGAAUUCCAGUUGAGGAAGUUUGGGCCUCUGCGUAACAUGGAAGAUUCCAUUCACAAAACAUGGGUGUUUUUUUUAAUGUAUUGUGCUUAACAAGUGAUAGGCCUGAAUUUUUUUUUUGUAACAGAUUGAAUGCAGGCUAUUUGGGGAUAGAGUGGGUGUAACCCCUCAUUGCGUUGCAGUCAGCCAAACAUAAAUUCUUGUGGCUUCUCCAGGGGCGUUAUUUGCCCUAGUAGUCCCCCCACAAGAUUCACCACUGGUCCCCAAUAAUUGCAACCUUAAAUUAAACUUUUUACAUCAACAAAAAGUUAUGUCAGUCAUUAUAUUAAAUAGCUCAUUCCUACUUUCCUUUUAUAUCUAAUAAUUUUUUGCUAUUUGGGGUGAAAGAGCUAAAUAAAGAGCAAUUGCCAUGGAAACCAAAAUAAUGUUUCUUCACAUUUAUCACUGUGUCCCAGAAUGCAGGGGUUCCCGAGCAACAUAUUUGUACAUUUCCUAGCUUGCCUCACCUCCAUUUAGAAAUUUUACCACUGGGGGAAAUUGAAGUGCUUGUAAAAAACAGAUAUUUAAAAACUACUUAUAUAGUUUUGUUGAGAACCAAAACUGAACAUUAUCAUGCGACUGACACAAGCCAACAGUAGGCUGGAUCUAAAACAAGUUUCAUAUAUGUACCUAGAUUGUACAUUUACCUCAUUUGUCUCUGUUGUCUCUGGUUUUCUGACGAGCUCUUGGAUUUUGCCACACUCAUUUACAAUUACAUGUUCCAUUAAAAUAACACUAUAGGGUCAGGAAUAUAUACAUGUAUUCCUGACCCUAUAGUGUUAAAAACACUAUGUAGCAUCCCUGCCCCCACCCAGCACCCCUAAAUAUAGUAAAAGCUUACCUUUAUUCCAGUCUGCUGCUGUUGACUCUGAUUUGCCAUCUUGGCUGACAUCAUCAGAAGUGUUAACUGAGCCAAUCACAAUGCUUUUCCAUAUGAAAGCAUUGGUUUGGCUGAGCUUCUCAAGGAAGCAGGUCAUGGGCAGAGCCAGGACAUGCCAAAAACAGCCCUGGCCAAUCAGCAUCUGCUCAAUGUAUCUCUAUGAGGAAAGUUCAGUGUCUCCAUGCAGAGGGUGGAGACACUGAAUGUCAGUGCUGUACAUGCCACAGGAAGCACCUCUAGUAGCCAUUUGAGGAGUGGCCAGUGGAGAUAUUCCUAGGCUGUAACUGAAAAGACAGUGUUUACUGCAAAAAGCCUGAAGGUACAGAUUAUACUCACAAGAACAAAUACAAUAUGUUGUAGCUGUUCUGGUGAAUAUACUGUUCCUUUGAUGUCUAAAUGAAUCCGGAGCUGUAAUUAGGCCAAGGUGUUUAAGAUAAGUCCUGGCAUCCAGUACAGUUUGUUAGUCCUUUAAAUGGGUGUAAAAUGAAUCUCCCAGUAGGCUUAUAUUUCAUUUGUCAACUUCCAUAAAAAAAUACAUUCCAACUUCAUAACUGCAGUAACCUUAUUUUAAACUGCUGUACAUUUUAUUCCAACUUGACUUGCUACAUUUGUAUAAUUGUACUGGAUACAUUUCAAGUAAUGGAAGAAGACUUUUAGUACAUUUUUUUUAUUUCUAUUUUAGUUUGUUCUGUGCAAAAGGGCUUUAGUUCAUAUGAGUGAAUUUCUUAUGCAGUUGGUGAAAAAAAGCACAUCAAUUGACUCAUUUAUAGCAUCGCUCAAGUUGUGGUGAGCCAACAAACAUAGUCAGUCAUACUGAAUUUGCUGAAAUUGGCAAAUAGAAAAGUAAUCUAAAAAUAAAUACUUGGGACCAUAAGGAUCACUACUAAUCAACUCCCAGGUUGCUCUGGUUCAUAAUAAUACAUAUGGGGAGAAAAAAAAUAAAAUAAAAUAUUGCGAUAUACUCAAAUCAAAUAUAAAAGAGGGAAAAAUGCAAAACAUACACAUUAAAAAGCUAGCAGGCUGAAAGUUAGGGGAAGGUAAGAACAAGUAACUAUUGCAUAGUGGUACUCCUAGAAACAGACUCACUGCAGGAAUUAUAAGCAGGGUGUUAUUUUGACCUUAGGAAAUUUUUGCAUUUUUCACAGCAAUUCCAAGAAAAUGUGUUUCCACAAUUCUCCCAGAAUUCUCAGCUCAACAUGCAAAUGAGCACACACUGUACUUCAGGCUUCACCCCGCACCAUAAGCAAUGGAAUAUUGUUUUAAACACCACUUUUUAAACCCAAGAAUGAGUUGUGACUAAGCACCAUGCUGACAAAACCCCAGCAAUGUAAACUGUACAGUACAUUAUUGGUUUCAGGUCAUUGAACUUUCUACACAACCCAUGCUUUUCAAAUAGUGUUCUCGUUGCUGAGGGUGGCUGUAGAAAUGUCUAUGCUCAUUUGCAUGUCAACCUUGGAAUUUUGGGAAAAUUCAAGAGCAUGAUGAUAGGAUAAAAUCAAAUAACCAACCGGACAUUUUGUACUCAGCAUCCAUUUUCUUGUUUAACUGCUUAUAUUUGCAUGACAUUUAUAAUAUGAAGACUAUAGACAUAAUAAAAUAUAUCUUGUUUCUAACUGCGCAAGUAACCUUGUACCAGAUGAGUCCCAGUAAAUGUGCAGUAUAUAUUUUAGGGAACAAAAAUAAACAAAGCCACAACUCAGUCAAGCUGACCCUCAUACUUGAUAACAUGCUUUCUUCUUAUCAAUGUCAAGUUAAAUGUCAAUGUCUGUCUGUUAAUGAGUAACUUUUGACACAUGAUGUUAGCCAAUCCAAUUUCCCUAUGGGAAAGCAUUGGAUUGGCUAAAAAUCGGCCACUUUGAUGAUGUCACAAGAGGUGAUGUCACAAGAGGUGAGUUUUAAACUUUUAUAGGGGGAGAAGGGGGUGGGGGGGAGGCAAGCCACCUAAAUGGUGGGGUUAGCACUAUUUGGUCAGGAAUACAUGUUUGUGUUCCUGACCCCAUAGUGUUCCUUUAAGUUAAAUAAACAGUCAGUCCAUAAUACAGACAUGAGAAGAUGCAAGACAUUUCUAAGUAGGAUUUAAACAUUAAGCUAAGAGGUUUAUUCACUAAACACAAAAUUGUAGUGACUUGGAACCUAAAUAACACAAGCCAAACUGAGAUCAUAACAUAAAUGAAGAAUAAUUCCAAAUAAUUAAUUAAUUAAUUAAUUACAAUUUAGUUUAAACCCUUAACAACGCAGGAUGGAAUAGCACGCCCUAUGUGUUGUUAAGGGUUUAAACUAAAUUUUAAUAAAUUAAUGAUGGCUCUGCCAUCCUGCAACAUCUGGACUUUAAAGCCGCAGGGUGGCAUAGCAUGACAUAUCAAUUGACAUCCUCCCAUCCCCCAGCCCGGAUGUUCACCAUGCUGCCAAUUAUGAUUGAGGGGACUGCCUGCAGUCAAUCAGUAAUCAAAUGACUGGAUCAGCUUAAUGGGCAGAUUCACUGCAGACUGGGUUGUCAGACAGAUCCCAAACUUAUAAUUAAUAAAAAUAUGCUAACACUUUGAAAUCCAACUGCGAUUUCCAGCUGGAUGGCUGCUCACUUCCUUAAACUCAACCGGUCCAAAACAGAGCUUCUAGUCUUGCUACUCCCGUGUCUGUCUCCCUCCAAGUCAACGGCGCUACCAUCACCUCUACCUUGCAGGCUCGCUGCCUGGGUGGUCUUUUUGACUCCAACCUCUCCUUCACCCCUCAUGUCCAAUGAAUCGCCAAAUCUUGUCGCUUCCAUCUCAAAAACAUAGCACGCUUCCGCCCCUAUUUAACGCCGGAUGCGGCUAAGGUGCUGGUCCAUGCUGUUGUUCUCUCUCGCCUUGACUACUGCAAUCCCAUUCUCAGUGGUCUUACGUGUUCCCAGAUUGCACCUCUGCAGUCUAUAAUGAAUUCUCUGUCAGUCCCUGCAUUGGCUUCCAGUUAGAUAUAGGGCCCAAUUUAAAAUUCUGGUGCUUGCUUACAAGUCCCUACAUAAUGCUACUCCAACCUACCUAUCCUCCCUAAUACACAAGUAUGUCCCGUCAAGGCCCCUAGGCUCUGCCAAAGACCUACGUUGAUCCUCUGUCCGUACUCCCACCUCUGAUCCUCACCUCCAAGAUUUCUCCAGGGCUGCACCUCUUCUGUGGAACUCCCUUCCUUUCUCCGUAAGACUUUCACCCAGUCUCCACUCAUUUAAAAAAUCAUUGAAAACUCACUUCUUUAAGAAAGCACAUCAAUUAAACUGUUAGCAGGUUUUUAUCCCCCAACCCCCAUGACUCCCCUCCUGCAACUGUCAAAAAUUACCUACUACCCCUUCUUUUACCCUUUGUGUCACUAUACCCCACUCCCUCUAGCAUGUAAGCUUAUUGAGAAAGGCCAUCCACCCCCUCUGUUCCUGUACGUCCAGUUGUCUGGUUACAGACUGCCUAUCCCUGUAGUCCUUCCUCUCCCUGCCUCUCCCUGGUCUAGGGAUAUUGCCAUGGCCCUGUGUCAGAUGAGAUAUUAGUGUGAGCAAUAACAAAGAAAAGAAUAGCAAUGAAAGUGGGAGCAAUAGCAGUGGUAGAGGAAAAUCACAAUGGGAGACGGGAAAACAGAGCAAGAGGGCAAAUCUAUAUUGUGGGAAAAGAAUAGUGGAAAAGAUAGAUAGAAACAGCAAGGGAAGAGAUUUUAAUAAUGGACAAAAUUGUCAAUAAAUGAUGACAUGUACAAUCCUGGUUGUUAAAUGUGUGCCUGAUCAUGUGCCUAAUUUUGUAAGCAUCUCAUUUUUUUCAUUACCAGUGGAUAUUAUUUCCUACUAAUAAUAUUUUGCAUGUAUGUUCAUAAUCUUAGUAAUGAUAUAUAUGUGUAAUAUUAUACAAAGAAUAUACAUACGUUUCAAAAUUUACAGUUUUUAAUAUUGUGUUUUUUUUUUUUUUUGCAAUGAAACACAUUUAUGUGUUUCAUAAUAUUCCUUAUGAUGAUGUUAAUCAAAUUUCUGAUUCCCGUCAAAAGGAAGAUCAAUGACAUACACGGUUAUUGCCUAUAUUUUCUUGUGCAGCACACAUAAAUCAGCUUAAUUUUAAACUGGAUUUAGUGUUUUUUGGGGGGGCAUAUUUAAUAUAGAACACUUAAAUUGUUUUUACAAAAUCUAACAUUGACAUGCAUGGAAAUGAUGCCAUAAACAGAUUAAUUCUUAGACCAAAACCCUGACCUUUAAUCCAUUUGAGUAGACUCUGCCCAGGAUGCUACAUACAGAUCAGCUGUAAAAAUAAAUGAAAAACAAAAGAAAAGCAUGCAAAAAAACCAUACAAAGGGGCGGGUGGGCAGGAAGUUGGAACAGAAGUUUGAACAGUUUGACAGACAGAAAUUGAAGAAGUAGACUGAGUACAAUUCAACAUUUUUAUAGACAGCAAAUGUUGAAUGCUUACAUGUAUCCCUUGAAAUCAACAUUAAUAUGCUCUAUGUCAAGCAUGAGACAGUCAUGGACCAUUGUCUUAAAGCAGUCUGUAUGGGAAAACUCUUUUGAGUUUGUUUCAAUAAAUAUUGACAUAGCUACUUACUAAAGUUAGAAUUCAAAGAGAAUUGCAAGUGAUUUUCAAAUUUAAGGCCAGACUCGCUGAACUACAGGCAUAGAUGACUUCGAGAAUUUUUCUAGUUUGGCUAUUUUGAACUUAAAUUUUGAAUCCACCUUCAAUUCGGAGUUUAGUGAAUAACCAUGUCAGUUUUGAGGAGUUGCAAAAUUCAAGUGAGUAUAUUUUCCAACUCUAUAUUUUCUUUUGUUAUGUUUAAAUGCAAACCAUUAUUUAUUUCUAUUUUUUUGUAUUGUGACUAUCUCUGGUAAUUAUCAAUUUUUCCCUUGUACUUUUAGGAAACUUAAAGGAAUCAGGCAUGAGUCAGGAGAGUCAUGAAUUCCCCAAAUCCAGUGUCAGUGUUCUCCCACCCGGCACUAUACUUCUGGAAGAGAAGGAGAAAAAAAAUAUUAAACUGAAGACCCGCUUAGCUGAGAAGAUAAAAAAGAACUGCACCUGUUCUCCAGUCAAAGCCAAAGAUAUGUUCUUCAGUUUUUUUCCUGUCCUACAAUGGCUGCCUAAAUACAAUCUUAAAGAAUGUUUAUUAGGUGAUUUAAUGUCUGGACUUAUUGUGGGGAUUCUUCUGGUCCCUCAAUCUAUUGCAUAUUCACUUUUAGCAGGCCAGGAACCCAUAUAUGGUCUUUACACCUCUUUUUUCGCCUGCAUAAUCUAUUUCUUAAUGGGAACUUCUCGUCAUAUUCAUGUCGGAAUCUUUGGUGUGCUGUGUCUGAUGGUCGGGGAGGUGGUGGAUCGAGAGCUGGAGGCUGCUGGGUACAACAAGCCGCAGAGCCAUGCAGGUCACUACUCUGAUGCAUAUGAAUUUGAUGGAAACAGCACACACAGUGCCUUCGCUAUAAAUGUGACUGCAGCGUUGACAUGUGACAAAAGCUGUUAUGCCAUCACAGUUGGUGCAACUGUUACUUUUAUGGCAGGAGUGUAUCAGGUAGGAUUUAAAUAAGAACUACAAAAAAUUCACUCAAUAUUGUAUUUUGAAAACAAAUCUGGAAUCAUACGGCAAAGUCCAUUGCAAUCAAGGAAUGCAAGGCAUCAGAAGUGCUGUGGAAUCAUGCAUGUAUACUAAAUAAUGAUAAUAAUAGUUGCAGGAAGUGUGAAAGUUAUUACAAAGCUCAUCACCCAUUGUUGAGAGUUAAAGGGUUAUUCCAAGCACCAUGACCACUUCAGUAAUUGGAAAUGCUCAUUGUGUUUGGAGUCUGUAUGCAAAUGCAGAUAUAUCUGAGGUUGCUGCUGGAGGGGUAAGGCUGAUGUAGAAUAUUACUGUCGUCAGCAUGCAUAGCAUACUAGCAAUGGAAAUCUAAUGGCUGCACAGUUCCUCCUUAAGUGCCACCCUCAGCCUUGCCUCCUUGGCAUAUCCUCGCUCUCUCUCAACAGAGGCAUAGGGCUACUGGAAGAACUUGGCAUCAGGGCAGUACCAGACUGGGAAAAUAAUUCGACCCAGGCAUUUUUUAAUCACAGUGGCCCACUAAUAAUGGGGUGGGACCAGAUAUGGGGUGUUUUGUCAUCAUCUAUGACAAACACACACCCCCUCAAAGUGAGCAUGUUUGUUCAAUGCUCUUCCAGGGCAUCCCAUGAAGCGCUCUCGUAUGAGGAAAAGGCCCUGUAUUUGUUCUGUGCAGUGCAAGCAAAUUUAUUAACAUGCUUGCACUGUGUUUGCUUAUGACUUGUCUCUGAGGUACCAAAGGACAAAAGGACUAAGAAAGCACAUUGUGCAUGUGUUUGAAGCUUGUGGGAUUACGUGUGUGUAGAGUGAGCGAUCCGCUUCGGGGGACUGCCUUUGAUUUAUAAUAUAUAUUAUAUAUAUAUUUAUAGUUCCAUCCUAACUGUAUUUUAAUAAGAAUCAAAAGAAUGAAAUAAUAUAUAUAAAUGUAUACAUAAAAAUAAUUUAAAAUAUAUACAUUUCAUUGCAUAAGGAAUUACAUAAAUAUACACGUAGAAUUUAAAUAGAUAUAUGUGUAUAUCUAUUUAAAUUCUAUGUGUAUAUUUAUCUAAUCUUUAUGCAUAAUUAAAUGAUUGUAUUAAUUAGAAUUUGAGGAACCUGUCUGACAACCCAGGCAGAAAGUCCAGAUAAUUUAAUUUAAAAGCCCUAUAUUUAACCCUGUAAGAUUCCAGAACACCAUACAACCUGUACAUGGGGGGGGGGUGGGGGGGGGGUACUGUUUUACUCGGAAGGCUUUGCUGAACAUAAAUACUAGUGUUUCAAAACCAUAAAAUAUAUCACAACGAUUAAAUAAUCAGCCAAAGUGCAGUUUUUGUGUGAAAAAAAAUGCAAAAAAAUAAUAUGAAUGCUAACUUUGAUCAGCUUUUGUGACUAAGUGGCUACUAAAAAAUACUGACAAUACCCAAUUUUAAAUACCCUGGGAUGUCUACUUUUUCAAAUGGUAUGUCAUGAUAGGGGUAAUUCUCAUUCCUGGGUUACCAAAGGCAACAUAACCAAUCUGGAAAAUGUCAAUGUGCAAAAACAGAAAUGGCUAAGUCUUUUGACUUUUUAUUUUCCAAAACACCAUGAAACGUGUACAUGGGGGGUACUGUUUUACUUCUGAGAUAUUGGAGAUAAAUAUGGGGUAAAUUUUAUUCCUGGGCUGCCAUACGGUCUCAAAGACAACUCUGACUCAGCAAAUCAAUCUGGCAAAUUUUAGUGUGUAAAAACUGUAAAUGGGAACAGUCUAUGUAUGUGUGUGGACUCAGCAGUCUUUCUGUGUAUGGACUCAGCAGUCUGUGACUCUCUCUGUGUGUGCAUGUGUGUGUAUGGACUCAGCAGUCUGUAUGUGUGUGUGUAUGGACUCAGCAGUCUAUGUAUGUGUAUGGACACAACAGUGUGUGUGUGUGUGUAUGGACUCAGCAGUCUGUGUGUGUGGACUCAGCAGUCUAUGUGUGUGUAUGGACUCAGCAGUCUGUGUGUGUGUAUGGACUCAGCAGUCUAUGUGUGUGUGUGUGGACUCAGCAGUCUAUAUGUGUGUGUAUGGACUCAGCAGUCUGUGUGUGUGUGUAUGGACUCAGCAGUCUAUAUGUGUGUGUAUGGACUCAGCAGUCUAUAUGUGUGUAUAUGGACUCAGCAGUCUAUAUGUGAGUGUGUAUGGACUCAGCAGUCUCUGUGUGUGUGUGUGUGUGUAUGGACUCAGCAGUCUGUGUGUGUAUGGGCUCAGCAGUCUGUGUGUGUAUGGACUCAGCAGUCUAUAUGUGUGUGUGUAUGGACUCAGCAGUCUGUGUGUGUGUAUGGACUCGGCAGUCUGUGUGUGUGUGUGUGUGUAUGUAUUUAGCAAGCUGUUUGUGUGUGUGUAUGGACUCAGCAGUGUGUGUGUGUGUAUGGGCUCAGCAGUCUGUGUGUGUGUAUGGACUCAGCAGUCUAUAUGUGUGUGUAUGGACUCAGCAGUCUAUAUGUGAGUGUGUAUGGACUCAGCAGUCUGUGUGUGUAUGGACUCAGCAGUCUGUGUGUGUAUGGACUCGGAAGUCUGUGUGUGUGUGUAUGUAUUUAGCAGUCUGUAUGUGUGUGUAUGGACUCAGCAGUCUGUGUGUGUGUAUGGACUCAGUAGUCUGUGUGUUUAUGGACUCAGCAGUCUGUGUGUGUAUGGACUCAACAGUCUGUGUCUGGACUCAUCAAUCUGUGUGUGUAUGGAGUCAGCAGUUUGUGUGUCUGUGUGUGUGUAUGGCUUCAGCAGUCUGUGUGUGUGUGUGUAUGGACUCAGCAGUCUGUAUGUAUAUGGACUCAGCAGUCUCUCUGUGUGUGUGUGUAUGGACUCAGCAGUCUGUGUCUGUAUGGACUCAGCAGUCUAUGUGUGUGGACUCAUCAGUCUGUGUGUGUGUAUGGAUUCAGCAGUCUGUGUCUGUGUGUAUGGACUCAGCAGUCUGUGUGUGUAUGGACUCAGCAGUCUGUGUGUGUGUGUGUGUGUGUAUGGACUCAGCAGUCCAUGUGUGUAUGGAAUCAGCAGUCUGUGUGUGUGUGUAUGGACUUGUAGUCUGAGUGUGUAUGGACACAGCAGUCUGUGUGUGUGUGUGUGUGUGUGUGUGUGUGUAUGGACUCCGAAGUCUGUGUGUGUGUGUGUAUGGACUCAGCAGUCUAUGUGUGUGUAUGGACUCAGCAGUAUGUGUGUGUAUGGACUCAGCAGUCUAUGUGAGUGUGUGUGUAUGGACUCAGCAGUCUGUGUGUGUGUGUGUGUGUGUGUGUGGGCUUAGCAGUCUAUGUGUGUGUGUGUGUGUAUGGACUCAGCAGUCUAUGUGUGUGUGUGUGUGUGUGUAUAUGGACUCAGCAGUCUGUGUGUGUGUGUGUAUGGACUCAGCAUUCUGUGUGUGUGUGUGUAUGGACUCAGCAGUUUGUGUGUGUGUGUAUGGACUCAGCAGUCUGUGUGUCUCUGUGUGUGUAUGGACUCAGUAGUCUGUGUGUGUAUGAACUCAACAGUCUGUGUCUGGACUCAUCAGUCUCUGUGUGUGUGUGUGUGUGUGUGUGUGUAUGGAGUCAGCAGUUUUUGUGUCUGUGUGUGUGUAUGGAUUCAGCGGUCUGUGUGUGUGUGUAUGGACUCAGCAGUCUCUGUGUGUAUGGACUUAGCAGUCUCUGUGUGUGUGUAUGGACUCCAGGCCCGGACUGCAAAUGGGAUAUAACUUUUUUAUAUUUAAAUAAAAAAUACAUUCACACUAACAGCUCCCUCACACACACAGCACCCCCAGACACACACAUAGCAACCCCAGACACACACACCACCAUCACACACAGCACCCUCACACACACAGCACCCUCAGACACACACAGCACCUUCAGACACACACAGCACCUUCAGACACACACAGUACCCUCACACACACAGCACCCUCACACACACAGCACCCUCAGACACACACAGCACCCAGACACACACAGCACCCCCAGACACACACAACACCCUCAGACACACACAGCACCCAGACACUCACAGCACCCAGACACACACAGCACCCCCAGACACACACAGCACCCCAGACACACACAGCACCCCCAGACUCACACACAGCACCCUCAGACACACAGCACCUUCAGACACACACAGCAGACACACACAGCACCCAGAGACACAGCACAGCACACAGCACCCCCAACACACACAGCACCCAAACACACACAGCACCCAGACACAAACAGCACCCCCAGACACACACAGCACCCCCAGACACACAGCACACCCCCAGACACACAGUGCAGCCCCAGACACACACAGCACCCUCAGACACACACAGCACCUUCAGACACACACAGCACCCUCACUCACACACAGCACCCUCGCUCACUCACACAGCACACUCUCACACAUAUACAGCACACACACAUUUAUAUAUCUAUAUAUAUAAUAACCCUCAGUGAGUUAACAGACAAAGAAAAUUAGAAACCUAGAAUGUGACGGCAGAUACGUCACCUGUACACACACACUACAGCCCGUAUGCACAUACAUGCUACAUCCCCUAUAACACUAUGCCCCCUAUACACACACUCUCUACAGCCCCUAGCCACACAUAUUACACCACAAACACAAAUGAAAUUGACCUAUUUACACAAUACCACACCACACUCUACACACACGCAAUCCCACAAGCAGGCUCCAAGCACAUGCACCAUACACUUUCCUGGCCCUUUUGACCUCUGGUAUCCCACUUGUGGAGACACCAGAGACAAUUUAAAAGCAAACACAGCGCAAGCAUGUUAUUAAAUUUGCUUGCGCUGCGCAGAACAAAAUUCAGGGCCUACCAUGUGCCCCCCCCCCCAAAAAAAAAUUAAUCCUAGAGACGCCACUGAAUGGGAAAAGCCUUAUAUUUAACCUUUCAACUUUCUAAAACCCCUUAAAACAUGUACAUGAGGGGUACUGUUGAACAUGUGAGAAAUCACUGAACACAAAUAUGUGUAUUUUAUUACAGUAAAAGCUAACAGUAUUAUGGCAUUCAUAGUUAAAAUAUAAUGCAGAACUUGAAAUAUAACCAAAUUCCUUAAUCUCUCAAAUUGUUUUAGAUUUUAUUCAUGUUAAAUUAUGUUUCAUAUAUGAAUAUUAGAUGUAAAAUGAAAGCCCUGUUUCUCCUGAACAAAAUUAUAAUAAGUGUGGGUGUACUUAUGAAAGAGGUAAAUUAUAGUUGAAUAUACUUAUAGUGCAAAUUCAAGGUUUCGUUUUGAUUAGAACGUGUACAACUGUCUCCGUCCUUAGGGGCUUAAAUAUUCAAAAGUAAAACAUUUAUUGGAUACUGCAAUAUUUGGCCCAGACUAUAUUACAACAUAUUUACUAACUAGUAUCAACUGUUCUAUUUUACUAAAACUCAUACAUAUGGACACAUAAUAACUGUGGCAUAUAAAUGACACUUACAAUGACUGCCAAUAAGUGGCAAAAAUAUAACACAUUUAAUAUUUAUAUUUGUAAUGCUUAUUUGCAGUGAAUGUUAUUUUAAGAUUCAUACUAUAUCAUCCUUAGAAAAAUAGUUUUAUGUGGUUUUUGUUCAAGAUAUGUUUGCAACAAUGUGUAUUUUAGCUAAAUUACCAUCAUAACCAAGUUUAUUAAAAAAAAUUGCUAUCAUUUUCUUUUCAAUUACAAUACAAGUAGUUAAUUCUCUUAAAUAGCUGAAGACUUGAUGUGCAAAUUGUUCUAAUGUUUAAAGUAAACAGAAAUUUCAGGAUCUGUGUUGGAAAAACGAUCAUGUUUGUUGUUAACACAAAAGUGUUCUACAUGUAAAUGAAGGACACAGUGUUUAUACAUUUUAUAGCUGAACACCAAGCAUGAAGAUGCAGCGGACUACUGGUGUUAAACGGACACUCCAGAACCUUAGAGCACUUAAAGGGACACUGUAGGCACCCAGACUACUUCAACUCAUUGAAAAGGUCUGGGUGCCAACUCCUAUCACCAUUAACCCUAGAGUGGUAAUUAUUGCAAUAAUUACCUACUAGGGUUAACUCCUCCUCUAGUGGCUGUCUAUCAGACGGCUUCUAAGACGACUUUUGGUCAUCUAAACAACGCUGGACGUCCUCACGCUCUGCAUGGAGACCAUUAGCAUCACCGGAAUCCUCAUAGGAUAGUAUUGAAUAAUGCUUUCCUAUGGGGAGAUCCUAAUGAGAGCAUGGUUAUUGCUGCGCAUGCACAUUAGGUCUCCCUCUGGUGGAAGCGGGGGAGGAGAGUGGGCGGGGCUGAGCCAGCGCCGAGGGACAUCGGCACUGGACCUAGGUAAGUGACUGAAGGGGUUAUUAACCCCAUUUAAUGCUGCAGGAGGGUGCCUUGACAGAGAGGAAAGAUAUAGUGCCAGGAAAAUGGGUUUGUUUUCCUGGCACUAUAGUUUCCCUUUAACCCCUUAAGGACACAUGACAUGUGUGACUUGUCAUAAUUCCCUUUUAUUCCAGAAGUUUGGUCCUUAAGGGGUUAAAGCCUUGCAAAGACUUCUCAUUGAGCUGCAUGAGGAAGUCUGUGAUUGUACAGACACUGAAAUUCUGGGCUAGAAGAGGCAGGCUUGCAAAGUCUACAGACAAGGGAUCUGCAGCUUUAUCAAGCUGUAUAGAGGUAUAACCCAAGUGAAAAAUGCACAAUUAAAUCAAUGCAUAUUUUCAUUGAGUGUAUAUCUACCAAACAGUGAUUUAUAUUUUGUUUGUAUUUGAGCAAUUGAGUGCCUCAUUAAGUGACUAUUGUCAUCAUUUGCUUUACUACUCCAGUCUCAGAAUUUUUAGUAAGUUAUUUAAGCUAUCCUGACUGUACCAUAUCUGUCACCACAUUACUAGAAUGUGUGGAUCAUCAAUCAUUUUGAAUAAUGAGACAAAUUAGUGUUUAAUUAGGAUUCAGCUUUUCAUAAUUUGCUGCUUUGUUCCUGCAAACAGCUGUUACAAAAUUAUAGCUUUAUUACAUUUACAUUUUUAGAAGUAACACUGUCAUUUUUAUGUUUCACUUUUAAUAUAACUUGUUUGUGUAGUCUUGGGGGAAGGAGAUAAAAACAUUACAUAUUGUUUUAAGUGUGCAAACAAAUAAAUACAGUAUAAUAAACUGUAUUACAAGAUUACACCAGAAGAUGGAGCCCCUAGACAUGGAAAUUGUGGGAUGCAGCUAAAAGGAAUAAGUGUAUAUACAUUUUUUUGUCUCCUCGAUGUAAAGCAGUGGUAGGGAACCUUUUUUCUGCCAAAGGUCAUUUGGAUAUUUAUAACAUAAUUCGCGGGCCAUACACAAUUAUCAACUUAAACAGGAGACUGCAAUCUUUGGUCAAACAUUUUAUUAACUCACCCCUAAUAUUAAUACUUAUCUUUGGUGAUGCGUGUGAUGUUAGCUGGUAUUGAUGAUGUUGCUACUCGCAUCUGCUGCCUACUGGCGACCCACGAUCACGUAAUACCACUAUUAAGCUGCCUGCAGUGCCUGUUGUGAGAGACUGUGUGUUGUGUCGGCCGCCACUCUUGUCAUGUCGCCCUCACACACCCCAAAAGCUGGCACAGUAUAAUAGGCCCCCGGGCAAAGCAGUGCUCUUUAUACACAACCACUCACAGAAAAUAAAAAUGAAAUUAUUGAUAAACUUAAGCUUAAAUGUAUUGGUACCUCCAAUGCAAUACAUACAAUAUAUACAUACAGAAUGCUGAAUACAUUUACAAACUGCUGAAUACAUUCACAAACUGAUGAAUGCAUUCACACACAGAUUGCUGAAUAUAUUCACACACAGACUGCUGAAUACAGUCACACACAGACUGCUAAAUACACAGACUGCUGAGUACACAGACUGCUGAAUACAUACAAACACUGCUAAAUACACACACAGACUGCUCAAAAAGUACACAUGGACGGCUGCAUACAUACAGACUGUGAAUACACACACAUAGACUGCUGAAUACACACGCAGACUACUGAAUACACAUGCAAUACGAACAUACAAUUCACACACACACACUGCUGAAUAUACAGACUGCUAAAUACACACACAGGCUGCUGAACACACACACAGACUGCAUUGAGGGGAGCAGUGAAUGUGUGAGGGGUGUCGUGUGUCUAUGAGGCGCGUAGUGUGUGUGUGACGGGGUGCAGUGUGUGUGUGAGGAGUGCAGUGUGUGUGAGGAGGGGCAGUGUGUGUGUGACAGGGUGCAGUGUGUGUGUGUGUGGAGUCCAAUGUUUGUGUGUGGAGGGGCAGUGUGUGUGUGAGAGGUGGAGUCUGUGGGGGGACGAUGUAUAAUUUUUACUUUAAAAGAUUUUUUUUAAAAACCUUUAUGCCUCCCCCUCCUUCUUACCUUUGGCCUGGAAAGAGGGGAAAUAAUGCUGCAAUCUUUGGUGGUCCAGUGGUGGAGCAUGAAAAGAGUAAAGUCAGCCUGCAGCCAGAGAGGUUGCAGGGUGACUACUCUUUUCUUCCUUCAAGCACAGCGCUGUGUUGGAGCGUUGCCAUGUUAAUGUGCUGCAGCUCUCAGACAUGCAUGUUCACGGGAUGAACACAGCCUCCUUUAAUUUCCGUGUGACAUUAAUAAUAAAUACCUCUUUUAUGUGGAGAUUAGAAAAGCACACAACUAUCAGAGCAUUUCAAUAUAUUCACAAAAAAAUGUUCUUCUGCUGUAUUAUGCUGCAAACAAUUUAAAUGCCCUAAUAAUUCAUUUUUCUCAUGAAACUUUCAUGAUAUAUGCAUUGCAGCUGAGUGAUUGUAUUGACAGGAUGUCCAUGUCAUAUUCUCUUAGUGAUCUCUACUUGUUGCUACAACGGCAAAUCUUUCCCUGUAAGUAGUAUAUUGCCAGGAAACCAAUUUCUAUUCCGCUUAGUCUUAAUAAGUAAUCAGUAAUCCUUCUCUAGCCCCUUGGUGACCUAGCAGUAAAAGCUGCCUAUCUCUGACCCAGCAUUCAUUAUUACCGGCAGAUGCAAAUACAGUGCUUUGCUGUUAUUUGAGUACUUGUUUCAUCAGCGUAAUCCAGUGCUUACUGAAAUAACCCAAAAGAAAACAGGGAACCAUAGCCAGGUGACUGGAUUUAAAAGUUCUUCAUAUGUUGAAUUACUUGUUGUGAAGUGAAAAAAAAAUAAUCUACCAAUAUUUAUAUAUUUAUUUAAAGCACUGAUGUCUAAAGGAUGCGAUUUUGUUAUGAAUUGUGUUUUCAAUUAAGUUCUACCUGCUGCCUAGAAACUUAGUUCACAACAGUUUGUAGAUGUGACUAGCAUAUAUAUAAAUAUUCCUUUGGAAGUAAGAUGAUUUUCUCCUAUACGUUUAAGUUAAUAUCUUUUUGCCAUACUAAACAAUAUUGUCUAUUUACACGGUUCAUGGGAGGUAUAGAGCAGGACUUGACAAAUCCCAGACGUCAGAACGCCAUGGUGACUAUGAAUUUUGUCUUGGCGCCUGGGUGUUUGUCAGCCCAUUCAUGGAGGCAGGCGGCUGGCCGGCCAGUGGAGCAUGGAGGCGACUGUUUGACUGAAGGAGUAUGGAGGCGGCUGGCUGAAUGAAAAUUGAGGCCGGCAGCUGUAAUCUUCGAGUUGUUCUUGCUCUGCUCGGGUAUAUGACGUCACUCCGACUGCGACAUUACGAAACAGUGCAUGAUGGAGCAGAGCAAAAAGAGCUUGAAGAUUACAGGAUCAAUUCAGCCCCACUGAACCACACGGAAGGGAUCCACUCCAGCUCUUCUAAAGGUAGGCUGGGUAUACUGAAAUAAAACAAAAAAACAAACAGCAACUAUUUGCAAGUGUGUGAGAUAAUAUGUGUAUGUGUGUCUGUCAGUGAGUGUGUGUGUCUGUCAGUGAGUGUGUUUAUCUGUCAGUGAAUGUAUGUAUGUGUGUGUCCAUAAGUAUGUGUGUCUGCCAGUGUGUGUGUCAAAUCAGUGAGUUUGUGUCUGUCAGAGAGUGUGUGUGUGUGUAUUUUUGUCUGUCAGUGAGUGUAUUUGUUUAGGUGAUCUUCCCUACUCUAAUCACAUGGGAAAAGUGUUUUGACUCACAUUUUUUGACAAACUAUGCCGUUCUUGCUAUGUUCUUGCUGUCACCAUGGCUGUUAUAUUCAAUCUUGAUAAUCUCAGCCAAGCCAAUGCUUUCCCAGCUUUGAGAGGUUAUUGAGCAUGCGCUAAUCAGCAUCUCCUCGUAGAGAUACAUUGAAUCAAUGGGGAACAUUUAGCGUCUCCAUGCAAAGCAUGGAGACGUUGAACAUAAGUGUUGCAUUCUGUGCAACUAGGAAUCACCUCUAGUGGCUUUCUAAGUGACUGUCACUAGAGGUGUUAGCAGGCAGCAAUGUAAACACUGGCUUUUCUCCAAAAAGAGAGUAUUUACAUUGAAAUGUCGACAGGGACAGACUGUAGACAUAUGGGCGUUCGCAGGAAUUUUUCCAAGGGGGGGCAUAAUUGUAAUGACAUCCAGGCUCGGCCCCUUUUUGCAGGGCUGGACUGGGGAUACAAAGCAGCCCAGGAAAAAAAUGUAUGCCAGCACCAUAAGUCAUUGUGCCAUGUAGUGUGUGUGUGUGUGUGUGUGUGUAUAUGUGUGGUAUGUUUCUUUUUCUAAUUCAAAAUAUUGGUUCUGUCAGUGCAAAAAAUUUUUAUUAUACAGUAAGCAUACUCACAUUGAUACACAUAAGCUCGUUGUCAUAAAAACACAAGCUCAGUCACUGACACACACAAGUAGGCUCACUAACAGACUAACAGUAAUCUCACUGACACAUACAGACAAACUUACUUGUACACACGCACAAACUUAGUACAAACUCUGACACUCACACAAGGUUACUACAGACGAACUCAUUGGUAUACAAACACAAACUUACUACAGAGAAGCUUAUUGUCACUCACACACGCUCACUACAGACAAGCUCAUUAACACACAUGCUCACUACAGACAAGUUUACUGUCACACACAUGCUUCCUACAGACACGCUCACUGACACUCACACACAAGCUCACUGGCAAACACACACACAUGCUCACAACAGAAAAGCUCACUGACACACACACGAUCACUACAGACAAGCUCACUGACACACAUGCUCACUACAAACAAAGUUCACUACAGAAGAGCUCACUGAUACACACAUGGACACUACAAACUCACUGACAAACACAUGCUCACUACAGAAAAGCUCACUGACACACAUGCUCAUUACAAACUAACUCACUGACACAUAUACACAUGCUCACUACAGACACGCUCACUGACACACACAUGCUUACUGCAGAUAAACUAGUUGACACACAAGCUCGCUUACACAUAAGCUCACUGACACACACAUGCUCCAUACAGAAAAGCUCACUGACACACAUGCUCAUUAGAGACAAACUCACCGACAAGCUUACUACAGACAAGCUCAUUGACACACAUACACAUGCUCCCUACAGAAAAGCCUACUGACACACAGAUGCUCACUACAAACUCACUGAGACAUACACACUACAGACAAGCUCAUUGUCACACACACAUGCUCACUACAGACAAGCUCACUGAUACACACAAAUGCUUGCUACAGAAAAGCUCCACGACACACAUGCUUACUUACAGACUAGCUCACUGACACAUAUACACAUGCUCACUAUAGACAUGCUGAAUGACACACACAGGCCCACUACAGAAAAGAAAGCUGACACACACAAGCUCGCUUACACAUAAGCUCACUGGCACACACACACAAGUUCACUGACACACACACACACAAGUUCACUGACACGCAUACACAUGCUCACUACAGACAACCUUGCUGGCACACAUGCUCACUACAGACAAGCAAACUGACACAAAUGCUCACUACAGACAAGUUCACUGAUGCACACGUGGUCACGACAAACUCACUGACACACACACCGAUGCAUGCUCACUUACAGACAACCUCACUGACACACACAUACAAGCUCACUCACUAGCAGGCAAAUACACACACAAUCACUGUCAUGGGCUGAAGCUUACCUGUCACAAAAGGCUGUGCGAGACUGGAAGCACUGGGAGGUGGUCUCCAUGUUCUGUCCUCUUCCUAUGUCAGAAGCAUGAGUGCGGGAUUGGAGUUUGUGAGGGGCGGGGCUUGCAUGCAGGAGGUGGAGUCUGAAUGCAGGGGAAGAGCACAGAGGCACAAAAAUGGUGAGGAUUCAGAAAGGAGCCUCACAGUGCUCCCUCUAGCCCCCUGGCAGCCUUAAUGCAGUCCCCAGCAUGUUCCUUCAGCCCCCAGCGCCUACAUCCUUCUUUCCCUCUGACUGAGCUGUCACAGUCCGAGGGAAAAUUGUCUGUGGGGAGGGGGCAUGUUGAAAAAGCCAGUGAUGGGCAAGUACCCCGCGCCCUUGCUUUUCCCCUGCGUACACCCAUGUGUAGACACCAGAACCACUACAUUAAUCUGUAGUGGUUCUGGUGACUAUAGUGUCCCUUUAAAAAGUUAAUUUUGUUGUGGAACAUUAAGCUUUGUUAGCUAAAAAAAAUCUGUCUCCUAACUUUAUUAGCUGGCUCCUAGAUUCCAAGCAAAUUUGUGAAGCCCUGGUAUAGAUCAUGAUAGUAUGUGCAUGUACAUGUUAGCAAUCACAUGACAGAAUAUGGUAGCCAGUACAUGUAUACUGUGGGAACAUUGGCAGAACAUUUGUUUUAUUUAUUUUUUAGAAGUAUGUUUCAUAUAUGUGCCCUGGAAACACAUAAAUGUAUUUAUAUAUUUACAUAUUUUUCCCCAUUAUUAUGUCUCUGAGACACUUUUUAUCUGUGUCAUUCCUUUAACUUUUUUACCUAUAUCUGUUUCUCUGUCUCAUCUUAUAGGGCUGGGAUAGUCUGUUAUAGGGCGGACAAGAAUUGAGAAGUAGCCCAUGGAUCCAUGGUUCUGCUCUCUCAAACUAUACAAGAUCUUUAAUUCUGGAGGCUUUGGACUACACCUCCCAUGAUGCUUUGCCAACAUUAUGGCUGUAAGAGCAUUGUGAAAGAUGUAUCCCACAACAUCUGGACUGCCCAAGGACGUCUACCCCUGCAUUAGAAUAUGAGUAAAUUAUAUUCCAGCAUCAUCCAUUCUGAAGCUAUGUGCAGUACAAGAAUCUGAGAGAGCUAAUCCUCAGGUAUCAUGCUUUCCGUUCAAAGCACAUAGGGACUAUCAGGGUUAUUCACUAAAGUGAAAAUUGUCAGAAAUCCAAAGUAAAUUUCAAAUUUAAAAGAACACUAUAGUGUCAGGAAUAUCAACAUGUAAAUGUGUAUCAGGUGUAUUGUCCUGAUGAAAGUCAACAUGAUGGACUGAAACGUUGACAUGCUUGGAUAAAUCUUAAGUAAAGAAGAACUUUUUGAAUCUUAGGAUGCUGGCAUUUUUUUCUUGAUAAUUUCUGACACCAUACGUCUAAAUAACUGUUUAGGUUACCUCAAGUAAAAAAAGGUGAUUUACUUAACUUUUUCAAGCUCCGUGUAGGUCUGGUUGUGGUUGACCCCACCCACGCAGCUGUGCCAAUCAGCAUCUCCUCAUAGAAAUGCAUUGAAUCAAUGCAUCUCUAUAGGGAAAAGUUCUGCGCCUACAUGCAGUGCGUCGAGAUGCUUAACAUCAGUGCUGCACAACCUAGGAAGCCUUUUUAGAGGCUGUCUGAGUGACUGCCACUGGAGGUGUUCCUAUGCAGUAAUGUAAAAACAAGGCAGUGCUUACAUGAAAAUGGCUGCAGUGUCAGGGAGGGCCGGUGCAAUUAUUUUUAAGUACAUAGGCGAAGAUGCAUUUUUGUACCACCUCCCAAAAAAUAACAACUUCACCUAUGUGCCUCUUAACCUCCCUUUUGUGUUUCUUAUCCCCUCUUUUAAAUGUCUUACUCCCUUUAGUUUAUCGUAUCUCCUAUUUGUCUUACACCUCCCUUGUGUGUCUCUUACAAUCCCCCUUGUCUGUCUCUAAUCUCCCCUCUUUGUAUGACUCUUGCAUCCACCCACAUUUUGUGUCUUACUACUUCCAGCCUCUUUGUGUCUUUUACUCUUCCCAGUUUCUUUAGUGUGUGUCUCUUUCACCCCAGCCCAUCUGUCUCCCCCCUGCCUCUCUGUGUGUCUCUUUUUACCCUUUUCAAGCCCUGCUGUGUGUUUCUUUCACAUCCAGCCCCUCUCCCCACACCAUCCCUCAGUGGCCCCCUACCUUCCCUGUCCCUUAGUGUUCCUCUCCACUCCACUCCCCUCUCCUUUUUCUGUUCUUUAGUGUUUCUCUCCCCUCCCUUUCCCUUGGUGCACCUCCCACCCCCUUAUUGGUCCCUCCCCUCUCUGGUGUGCCUUAUGAUGCUCUUGUAGCGUGGCCUAAUGGAACGGCCUGCCGUACAGGAGCUUCAGUUUCCUGUACCCGGCCGAUCUGACAGGAAAGGCUCUCUCAGUGAGGAAACAGAAUCUUAAAUAGCAUUAAGAUAGAGACUCACCAGUCGUGCAGUGUCCCGGGAUUCUCAAUGUGAGGGACCCUGGAAAACUUCUGCCAGGUAGCGGACCUGUAUAGGUCAAACUGUUGCCGAGAAAGGGGAUCGGACUUUGACUUUUCAUUUUGAAUUAAUUCCCAACAAUUGUCACUUAAGUGAAAACACUGAAGGUCUAUGUUACUGUUGUUCUCUUGCACAUGUGGAAUCCUCCAUAGAGUUAGUCAAUGCCUUUUUCCCUACAGCCAUCACUAGUGAAGGCUGGGGUAAAUGACACAACUUGACUACAGUAUAAAAUUCACAUUUUAUAAGGGGGUUGGCCAAGCUGCUUUGAAACAGUUGUGCAGACAAGUAGUACUAGUCCUUAUGGGUUAAUUGAAAAGAGUCAGAACAUCUUGGCAUUCUAAUAUGUAAUCUUGCUCAGUUACUUUACUGUGUUAUAUUCAGGGCACAAAUGAUUUAUGUUAUAUGUUUGCUAUGCUUGAUUUCAGCCCACAAGGCACAGAAGAUAUGCCAUUAUGUGAAACUUCUCACAUAUGAGGACAAUUUUAAUUUAACAUUUCUAAUGAAAAAAAUUAAACAUCUCGGUGUAUGUUCCUUAAUUUAAUUCUUAUAACAGUGUAAAUAGCCAGACCAUUAAGCAGAUUGCUUGAAAAGGUUUUAUUUUUAUUGAUUAGAGUAUCAGGUAUAAUAUUCUUAUCCCAUAAAAUUUUACAUAAAGUGUACAUUUGGAAGUUCAAAAUGAAUUGUGAACUUUAUGGGUGAUUAGCUUUGUAGGAAUGCAAAUUAACAGAGCAGUUUUAUCACCACCCUACCUAUUAAGUAGCUGUGUAUUGCUACUUGUUCAUUUAGUUUCUUUAUAGGAUUACAUAUACUUCCUUGCACUUCCUUUCUUUAUUCAUCUAAUGCUUUUUAUUAUAGUCCUUCUCGGGAAUGAGCACAGAUGGUUCUUAAUGGAUUCUUACAUUUAAAAAUGAGAAUAUAUAUAUAUAUACACACACAUUAUAUAUAUAUAUAUAUUUUUUUUUUUUUCAUGUUUAAAUCUUUAUUUCACUUUUUCAAAUUACAGAGAAAACACAACACUGUGCAUCAGUAUAACAAAAAAAGGAAAAAAUUAAUAAAAAUAAAUAAAAAUAAAAAUAGAGAUAAAAAAAAAUUAAAAAAAUAAUAUACAGAAAUAGAGAGAUACCAUUCACAAUUCGAGAUAUUUUAUUACUAUCUUUUACAAUCUCAUCUAACUUAUUUUCGGCUUCAGUAACACAGCUUUUUAUAUCUUUUCACUGAAUUAUUUUUUACAAUAAACAUUUCCUUUCUCUUUUUCUCCUUUCUCCCUUUCUUUUUCUUUUCUUUCUCCUUUUCCCUCUGAGAUAAUUUAUUACAAGAAUCAGGAUAUGUAUAAGGUAAAUUUUUAUCCCUCCCUCUCUAAAGAAGAAAAAGAAAAGAAAGAAAAAAAAAACAAUAUAUAUAUAUAUAUAUAGAUAAAUAUAUAAAUUAAAAAUAAAAAAGUACAAUUAUAGUAAUUCUUCCUUUUAUAAGUCUACAUUUCCAAUUUUAUUUAAUUUAUAGAAUUCCAUAUCAAACGUCUAUAUCAAUCUGUUUUUGUUUUUUUGGUUUUGUUUUUUCCUGUUCUCGUUCUCUUUCACUCGUCUCUCUUCCCUUCCCUCUUCCUUCAUUUGUUUUGUACCACCUAAAUUUUAUUUACCAUCUGUAUUAAUGAGACUAUUUUGCUUGUUUCAUUCCCCUUAUUUUCUUUUAAUUUCCUCUCAUUUCAUUUCCACCUCACCCAAAUUUUUUCAUAAAUGUGUUGUUUGCCUUUUAGCCUAUAUGCCAUUUCCUCAUACAUUUUAGUAGUAGAGAUCUUUUCUCUUAUUAUACUUAAUGAUGGUACCUGUUUUGUUUUCCAUAAAUUGGCUAUAGCAUUUUUUGUAGCCAUCAAAAUAUGUAUAAUUAACACUUUUUCUUGUGGCAAUAUUCUCUCUGGCAUAAUGUGUAGUAGGAAUAUUUCUGGUUGCAGGGUUAUCAAUGUGUUUGUAACUUUAAAAAUUAAUUGUUGUAUGUGUUUCCAUACAUCAAUAAUUUUUUUACACUGCCAAAAUAUAUGAGUCAUAGAUCCUUCCAUUUCCCCACAUCUCCAACAUGUCCCCACAUUCUCUGGAUAUAUUUGCGCCAGUUUUUGUGGCGUCAUGUACCACCGUAGCCACAUUUUGUAUAUUGCUUCUAUGUGUUGUAUAUUAUGUGUGGCAGCCUUAGUUGAUCUCAUAGCCCUAUACCAUUUAAAGGGCUCCCACUCGUUGUUUAGCUCCUUCUCCCAAUUUAACAUGAAAGGCAAUUUAUCUGGUUUUGUUAAAUGUAAUAUUCCUCUGUAGCUUAUUGAUAGAGGUUUAUCUAUAUAUAUAUAUAUAUAUAAGGUAUUACAAGAUACACAUUUUAUCAAAUGUUAAAUAUGGGACCUCUGUCCAUAUUAUGUACAAGAAACCUGUUAAUUAAAGGCUGCCUAUUUUUAUUUUAAUAGAUAAUGUAAUAAUCUUCAUCACCCGGUUAUUAGCUCCUUUCUAACAUUCUAGAUCAGGGGUAGGCAACCUACUGAACUAGUGCCAUGCACGGCACUCGAGGUGUCUUUCCACGGCACUCAAGGCUGCUAGAGCCAAACAGGCUCUGGCCUAUCAGGCAUCUCAGUGAAACUUUAGAUAUCUUCUAAUACGAAAAGGUGGUGAAGGAAAAUCCUCAAUUUAUGCAUUGCAGAACGUAGAGGAAGUGACCUCAGGUAAGUUCCUCCCAGCACUUGUGAAUGGGAAUCCACACUGUAGUAGAGCAGCCUGAAGCUGCUGUUGCAGCUCCUGUCCUUGACCUGUAUCUGGCCAGCCUGGUCUCCACUGGAACCCAGGGAAGCCACUCAAACAGCCCACACACAAACAUACACACAAUCCCCACUAACGCAACACCACUAACAAUCCACAUGCAUGCACACAAUCCUACAUGCCGCCUCUCACAUGCAAUACCCCCAAACAGCCCCCACACACUACCAAAUACUCAAUGUGACAUAUCCAUCCACACACAAUUCCACAAGCAGCCCCCAUACACAGCCCACAUUCAUAUGUAUCAUACACGAUACCAUAAACUACUAAUGAACAUAUUCAAUAUAAUAGCUCAUAUACACACACAUACAACAAUACAAAGCAAUUACAGUAAAAAUAACACAAGCAGAAUACGGCAGCAUACACACCUCAAUUUAAAAAAAUAGGAUCGGCACGCUACGGGACAUCAGAAUCCUAUAUCGGCACAGUGCUGCUAAAAGGUUGCCUACCCCUGUUCUAGAUAGUCUUUUAUGGCCUAUCGACAUCAGUGAUUUGUGUACCCAAUUAUUAUGACGUAGGGCAAGACUUUCUAAUCCUUUUUAAAAGUGAAUAUAAUUCACAUAUUCUCCUAAUUGUUUCUGGGGUUUUUUUUUUGGUGAUGUAGAAUCUUUACUUUUUUGGAUACAAAAAAAAUAUUAUAGGAGACAGGUUUUAAAAAACUAUGCAUAAAAUAACAGUCAAUCACAAAUAAAUAAAGCAGUAGAAAACUCCAUAAUUUCUGAAUAUUAAGAGUGUAAGAACAUAUAGUAUUAUGUAUAAUAAAACAGGUUCAAUUGAAAUCAGAUAGCUGCAACUAAGUAACAACAGCCACAUGCUAAUCGUAUAACACCACAAAACCAAUAGAAAAAGCAUAACCCCAGUCAGGUUAAAAAAUUAAACAUUAUUUUUACUUUGAACAAUUAUAUAAGACAAUAUAAAAUAUAAAAAUCAAAUAAUAAAUCAAACUUUUAUUUAUUUUAUUUUAUUUUUUUGUAUCAUAUGGUAUUAACCCCUUAUAACUGUUUGGAGGGGUAAGUGUUUGUGUUUUUUUCGUGAUUUUUUCCCACCUCUUUACUGUUCAGCCAAUCAUUGCAUUUUUCUCUUUAAUAUAUAUUCUGGAUCUUCAUGCAGACAUAUUAAAUAUCUGAUUCUAUUUUGUAUUACUCUUAGUAAUGUAGUUUAUUUUACCUAUAUGGAAACUUCCCUUGCAUAAAUAAAUAAAAAAUGCUAGUUGAAUAUGUGUUGAUGAUAAAGCCAGUUUUGCUUAAAUUCUAAAAUCACUCAAUACAUUAUUCUAGCAAAUUUAGUGUACAAUGUGUUAUACUAACCUAAAGGUUGUCAUUUGCAUUGUGUUUUGUGCUGCAGGUGAGUUUAAAUGCCCUUUCAAUUCUAAACAUGAAAUCCAAAAUUUAAAUAUAAUUUUUACUUUUAGGCUGACCACAUAGAGGUAUAAAUGAAACUCUUAAUAAAUGUUAUCUGUAUUUCUGCUAUAAAAUAUUUUACUUAUUAUUAUUAUUUUUUUUUUUUUUAUGCAGGUUGCAAUGGGAUUUCUCCAGGUUGGUUUUGUUUCAGUGUACCUCUCUGAUUCAUUGCUCAGUGGAUUUGCCACAGGUGCCUCCAUCACUAUUCUUACAUCUCAAGUAAAAUAUUUAUUAGGGAUAAGUAUACCACGUGCCAAUGGGAUAGGGUCUUCAAUUUACACAUGGAUUAACAUUUUUCGAAACAUUCACAUGACUAAUAUUUGUGAUCUUGUUACAAGCAUUUUGUGCCUUCUCGUUCUGAUUCCAGCCAAAGAAAUCAAUGAAUGUUACAAGUCUAAGCUCAAGGCCCCGAUUCCCAUUGAACUGUUUGUAGUUGUUGGUGCAACUCUUGCAUCUCAUUUUGGUCAUCUGCAUGAAAAUUAUGGCUCCAGCAUUGCAGGCACAAUCCCCACUGGAUUUUUGAUGCCAAAAUCACCAGACUGGAGUCUUAUUCCUAGCAUUGCACUGGGAGCAUUGUCAAUUGCUAUUAUUGGAUUUGCAAUAACAGUCUCUCUGUCUGAGAUGUUUGCUAAGAAGCAUGGCUAUGAGGUGAAGGCAAAUCAAGAAAUGUAUGCCAUUGGAUUUUGCAACAUCAUUCCAGCUUUUUUCCACUGUUUUACCACAAGUGCAGCUCUUGCAAAAACUCUAGUUAAAGAAUCUACAGGAUGUAGAACCCAAGUCUCAGGGGUUAUGACAUCUUUGAUCAUAUUGUUGGUGUUAUUAGUGAUUGCCCCUUUAUUCUUUUCUCUUCAGAAAUGUGUUCUUGGAGUCAUAACCAUUGUCAAUCUUAGAGGUGCUCUUAAGAAGUAUUUCGAUUUGCCGAAAAUGUGGAAGGUAAAUAAAGUAGAUACAGCCAUCUGGCUGGUAACCAUGUUUUCCUCUGCAUUAAUUAGUACAGAACUUGGUCUGUUGAUUGGCAUUGCAUUUUCAAUGGUUUGUGUCAUCGUAAGAUCACAGAAACCAGGGGCAACAUUGCUUGGCAGGGUGGAAAAUUCAGAUGUUUUUGAGUCCAUGGUUGUCUACAAGAACCUUAAAUCUACACCAGGCAUCAAGAUCUUUCGUUUUGAAGCUCCCCUUUAUUACGUGAACAAACAAUGCUUUAAAUCAGCUUUGUACAAGACAUCUGGUGUUGACCCAGUUAUAGUUGCAACAGAGCAAAAGAAAAAAGAGAAAAAGAAAGAAAAGCUACAAAAGAAGGAUAGAGUUGUUGAUGCCAAGGUUACUCAGGUGGACACCAUACAGCAGCUCUACAAAGAACCUUUGCCGUUUCAUACUUUAGUUAUCGACUGUAGUGUCAUUCAGUUUAUAGACACUGCAGGAGUGAAUACCUUGAAAGAGGUCCUAAAUGAUUAUAAAAACAUUGGCAUUUGUGUGCUACUGGCUCAGUGUAAUAUUUCAGUAAGAAAGUCCCUUCGGAAUGGAGACUAUUUUAAAAGAGAAGAGAGCUGCAUGGUGUUCUACAGUGUACAACAAGCCGUGCAGUUUGCACUAUAUGAGCAGGAACAAGAAGAUGCCUGCAUUAAUGGUUCUUUAGUCUAGCAAAGCUUGCUAUUUUUUUAUACUCUAAUAACCCUUAGUGCUGAUGUGAAGCUGCGGAGUGUAUCUGAGAGUGUUUGUAGGCUUCAUUAACUUAUACCCUAACAGGAGAGAUAACUAGAAUACCGAACUGGUUGACGUUCACGUGCCUUAUUAAAUACCAUAUGAGUUUAAUCAUGUGGUCAGUGAUAGAAAUAAUUGUUUUCCCAAUUGGAAAGCAAGAUUCUGAUACCUACAUUAAAAGUUGUAGUCUGUAGAACACACAUUUAUUUUAAUUUAUAGUAAAUAAGCAUCUUAAUAGAAUGUAAUUCAUGCUAAAUUAAUUUUAUUAUAAUUUCUAGAUUGCACUUAUUCCUUAAGAAAUUCUAUUAGGCAAUAACAUUUUAUAUAAGUUUGAUUUUAAAGGAGAAAUUAACUUUAAUGUUCUAUCUGUCUGUCUAUCAUCAUACUUUGCAAGCUGUGUGUUCUAUUUUUUGAAUCUCUUUGCAUCAGACAUUUUUUCAGCAGUUUAUUAAUUCUGCAUGUGUAUGUAUUACUCCUGUACACUUUUGUAAUGGGUGAGGAAUUCAGCAAGGUAGCGUGUGUGAUUCAGCAGAUAACCUAACAAAUAAUUCUGUUAAAUACUUUAUCUAAUGAUUCUUUUUUUCCAAAGACUCAGUCACAAUGUUAAUUAGCCCAGACACUCAUUUCUUUAUGUUUUUAUUCACUAUAUAUUGACUGAGUUCAGUGUUCUAUCAAAUUACAUAACAGGGGCAUUCAAUUAACAUUCUUCAAGAGGCACCCAUUAUUUUAAGUAAUAAAGAUAACAUGAUAUCUAUAAACCCAUUGAAUAAAAAAAAAAUAUUUGCUUUUCCACAAUCAUAACUGUUAAGCAGAACAUUAACAAAAAACAAGAAAAAAAAAAAUCAACAGAUCGAAAAAUUAUAUUAAAAGUGCUAAAUAUAACAAAACACACAACAUAGUUGGUUUGAAUUUUAUUGAGUCACGAAGUAGGUCAGGAGCCCAUUUGAAGGUUUUCUUUUACCACAUCCAAUUCACAUGCUUCUAUUUAGACAUUCCUACACUAACCAGCGCAACAUGAAAAAAAUCAAAUUGCCUUUAACAUUCCAAUUUUAGACUCUGGAUUGAAGUUACAUUUUCUGAUUUCACCUGCUACAAAUUUAGUUGAAAUCAGAGUUGCGAAGUAUUUACUAUUAACUGUUUUUGUGCCAAGAGACAAAAAAACCAAAACAUAUAAAUGCUGCGUACCUACCUCUAACAUUCAGAGACAGUUAAAAGCCACACGGCACAUCUGCGCUAUGAGGGACUCACUGCAAUAUGUUUCAAGGCAGAAUAACCAAUUCCAUUUGCCACUUCACACAUUAUUAGAAAUGGCACCAGAUGGCAAACAGAGUGUUGUUGUUUCUCAUUUAAUUUCACUGUGGUAUGCCUGGAAUGAAAUUCACUUGCAUAUGGCUGUAAUGCCUUCUUUGACUUUACAAUUCUAGUUAAAAAAUAUUCUGUAUUCUGCUUGCACCAUUGAAACAAUAUCACUAAUCUAACCCGAAAUUGCAAAUAUAUUUAUUGUAGGAGUGUUUGUUACCAUUAAGUUUAUAUUACAUGAUUAUCUGCAGUGCUGAUCAGUUAUAUUUUACAGUGGGUACACUAGCACCUUAUAAUACAUUAACUUAGAAAAACAUUUAGUAAAUUCCUGGAAAAUGGAAAGCUCACCAAUUGACACAUCUUGGGUAUUUUAGCCCAAAUUCCUAAAUUCUAUUUUUAAUUCACUACAGUUUCAUGUUCAGUGAAUAAACGCCAUAGUAUUUAGUUUUAUUAAGAAUACAACAACAAAGCAUCAGUGCUGAGUAUUAAAGUUUGGUUCUGAUUGUAUAAGACCAUGAAGACAAAUAUUAUAUACAGCCAUACUACUCAGCAAACUAAAAUAUUUAUUAUCCACAGUAUUUAUAUUGAAUAGGCCAGAGUGUAUUAAGCAUUACUUCAACAAUUUGGGAACAUUCCCAUAAUGGUAUUAUAGAUUCACCUAGUUUCCCUGUUAAAUGUGGUACCCAUUAUAUUGACACCUACUAUACAUUGACACUAGCUAUAAACAAAAACAAACAAACUAAUAGACAAACAGAAGGAUGAUUGUGGAAUAUGUUCUUGCUAUAUUAGGUGUGUUCGUUAGUGUUCUAUAUACGCUUAUUGCUUUGCUAUUUUUGUAUGGGUUACAGAUUGAUGAGUUGUGUUAUAUAAACAGUUGAAAAGUUAUAUAAAAAAAUGUUUGACAUUUUGGUCUGAUGAAAGAGCUGCUCUUUUGUAGCAUUAAAGUUCUUUGUUUUCUUGCUUUUAACUGUUCACAAAACCUUCCUUUUAUGAAGUCUCAUAGACAAAACUAGUUGUAAUAAUAUACCUUAUUUUGGGGCUAUUAGCAAAUGAAAAUCAGAAGAUUUCAAGAUGUUACAGAAAUUGGAUUAGCAUUGAUUUUAUAUAGUGUUAGCAGGUUUCUUGUGUGUACAGAGUUGAGAGGCACACUAUUUAGAACUUUACCCCACAAUAGCACCUGUUUUGCCUUGAUAACUCUUCCCCUUUGGCAUAUGAGUGUCUCCAGGGAAUGCAAUAACUGGUAGUAAAUAACAUUUGACUAACUUUAUUAUGUUGAAAAAGAAAAAAAAGCUAGUAGUGCUGACAACUAUGCAUUUAUGUGAAUCACUUGCUGAAAAAUUGGAAUUCUAUUAUGAACAGUUUUAUAUUUUUAUAUUUUGUUAAUUAUAUCACUCAGGUAAUUGGUCAACACUAUUUGUGCUAUAAUUACAGUACGUAUGGCACUUGUGGCUUCUCUUAUGAAUGUAUAUAUAUAAAGCUAAUUGUAUCUAUAACAGGAACAUUUGUAAGAGUAACUGCUCCUGAGAUAUUAGCACUUAGAAUAAAUUAAAAAUAAAUAAAUGGAUGAAGAAGGCAUUGAAUGGGAUAAUGUUGAAUGCACAGUUAUCCUGAAUUAGAGCAGGCUGAGUUCUAUAAUAUGUAAAGUUACAUCAAUGUACUAAUAAGUGAUAUAUUGGAGGACAUUACACUAUGGUAUAGUUUGAUGAUUGGAAAUUGAAAAUCCAACUGUAAAGUUUAUAUAAUAAACAGAGAAAGGUGCUGAACUGAAAGGCCAAAAAACAUAAAAGAGUUAUCCAGGUACCAUGACCACUUUGGUGAAACAGUCAGUGAUCUGCGCUGCCAGAUAUUGUAAACCCUGCUCAGAAAAGACCCGGCGUACAGCAGGACCAAGUAAAAGGGCAAAUCAUUGUAAAUUUGGUGAACUGAGCAAGAAUACUCAUCAUAUUAUAACUACUACAGUAGGCUGUAGUGGUUGUGAUGGUUUGAGUAACCCUUUAAACUUAAAUUGCUGCAGUGCGAAUAUUAUCCAGCCUCCAUUCUUAUUAAUAUGUCUCAACUCAUGACAAUAUAUUGCUUAUUAAAUAAACGCCACUGUUUUUGAGUUCACGCUAAAGCCUCAGGAGAAUUGUUUAUAUAUACAGUAUUGCCCAGUUUGAAUCACAUUUUUGGUUCUGAUGUUAAGCAAUGAUGCUAAAUUGCAAACUAAUGAAUUGUAUACAGUUAUAGCACUACUUUUAAUGUUACAAUAUUAUAUCUAUGUAUGUAUCUGGGAACAAAGAAAAUGUAUAAAUCAAAAAUUAAAUGAAACUAUAUUUUUUUAAGAGUGCUGUUAUUAUACUGCUGGUUAACAUAAAAACUAAAAUUUUAAGUGCCUGGAGGGGGACAUAGAGGCUUGCAGUGCUUUUGUGAAUUUAGAUUUAAAUAAGUUUCAAAUAUUUUACUGAAUAGAAGAAAGUCUAAUGUAAAUAUUUUAGAAAAUAUAGUUUAUAUUAUAUAUUGUUAUUAUUUCAAAUAAAAAAUUUUUUUAUACUCUAUCGAGGAGAAUUAUCAAAGUGGGCUGAAAAUGUGCAUAUAUAUGAAAGUGUAUUUUUCAUUAAUGGAAUGUACCUUUGGAUUCCAUUGGUCUCCAUGGUGAUUAUUAGCACACGUUGCUCCUUUUUUAGCAUCACAGCAGUUUAAUAAUUUUCCUGCUUUAUUUUUUUCAGUGAAUCAUAUAUUGUUACCAUUUUUCUUUGCAAAUGCACUGAUAAUGUUAUAGUAGAAUACUAACUGGUUGAAUGUUCUUCUUCCUUUGAGAUAUUCCCAAAUUUAUAUCAUAACCCCUAAAGCAGGCUUCCCCAAACUCCGGCCCUCCAGAUGUUGCAGAACUACAACUCCCAUGAUUCUAUGAAUUAAAAAGGCUGAGAAUCAUGGGAGUUGUAGUUCAGCAACAUCUGGAGGGCCGGAGUUUGGGGUAGCCUGCCCUAAAGGGACAGGUUUCUAUGCUAAAAUUCUCUGAACAAAGCAAUAUUACUAAAAAUGUCAACUCACCUAAAGUGAUAACUUGAUAUUUAAUAACAUGAGUCUUAAAGAACGCAGUGACAUAUCUAAGUAUGCCAAUCCAAUGCUCAAAGAGACCUAUAUCGAAGCAUCCCAUUUAAGGUUAGUGAGCUUGCUUUGACUCUCUAUCCCUAUCAAAGAUAAAGCAAAGGAGGGGACAGUUUACAGUUUAGGCAUGGAGGAACAGUGCACAAUUGUAAUCCAUGUUGAUUGCAAUACCUUUGUUACUCCCUAGAUGAAUAACAUCUAAUCCACCUGUGGUUCUACUUGAGCAAUUUCUUAGUUAUGAGUACCAAUGUAAGGAGAGUAAAAUACGAGAGAGAAGAAACUGAGAAUUCUGUUGUUUUAAAGUAUACGCAACAUUCCUUCUUGGAAAACUAUAAGACAAAUAUAUUUUUGAUAAGCAAUAUGCCAACUGCUGACAUCUGGAAAUGAUUUAUUUUGAUAUUGUAAUUGUUAUUGCUCAGACAUUACAAAUACGAAAUUCUGCACUUUGAAUCUACCAUAUUUAUUGUUAUGAUUGUUUUAAUGUCAAGUGUUUGUAGAAGAAUAAAUUUAUUUUUGUUUUACCAUGUA